AUUUUGUGCUUGCUAUAAAUAUUAACAUGUGCAUGAGAUACAAAUGUGUUAGCAAGAUAGUAACAUGUUCCCUCAAGAUAUUUAUAUUUUGUGCACAAGAUGAUUACUAUGUCUCAAUAAUUUACUUGUUCAAAACGGAAAAUAACUUAUAAACAUAAGAUAAUGAACUUGUUCCUUCCCACAAGAUACUUUUUUGAAGACUGGAGUUUCUUGGUAUCUUGCAGCACAAGAUCAGUGCAGAGUGAUUGACGGAGGGUUUUCCAGAAAGAGGGGAGUGUCACUAUCUCUGACUCCAUUCUGUGAAAGUGUCCAUAAGCCAAUUGUGUGUGUGUUUCUGUUUCUGUGUGUGUGUCAUUAGGGCAUGCGCACCAAAGCGUGUCAGACCUGGUCCCAGUGAAAACAAGGGGUGUGCUCGGGCGCUUGCGAGGCAGCAGCGCAUGCGCCCCGCAGAAAAUCACGGGCGUCGAGCCUCACACCGCAGCGAUUGCAGAUCUUUACAUGUCAGAUAGGAAGGAGUGGGAAAGGGGGUUCGAGACACGGGGGGGCCCAGCACUCAGAGCCCGGUGUGAGAGAGGGAUGGAGAGCCGAUCCGCAGAGGAGGAAGAGGGCUGACGUGACUCGGCUUCAGACAGUUUUUCUCCCCAACUUACGAGCCCGUGUCUGCGGAUGCAACCUGUCCGUCAUCCCGUCCGUCCCGGUAAUCCCUUUUUUAUUGCAGCGUUUCCUCCGAGGAGGCUCCAGCCAGAGGGGACGACAAUGACAACCUGGUGAAUGCACACGAGAUGGAGUAAAACAGUCAGCAAAACGCAGGAUGCGCAUCUCCAGCCCGACAAGGAAGAAGGUAGAGGAACCUGACUGUUUUUCUGUUUUUCUCGCGCGUCCGAGAUUUUCCGCGGUGUUGUGGAUUGAUUGUUUCCUUCAUCGCCCUCCUGCUGCCGGUGUCGGUGUAUAAUGGAGAGCUCCAAUGGCUCUGGCAGCGACACCAAACCGCAGAACCACCAGUUGGAGAAGAAGAGACUAAACCGAGCACCCUCCCCGGCCAGACCUUUCCUCAAGGAUGUGCACUCUCGCUCCACCAAACCACCUGCCAUCGUCCCCAAAUCCCCCAAACUCAGCAAGCAGCAGCAGCCUUCCUCACUGCCCCUGGCCCAUCCGAACCGAAGCUCCAGACGCAACACACCCGGGCCGAAGGAGAAACCAGCUCCGGCGAAGAGUAACACCAAGUCCUCUGUGGCCAAAAAGCCCACGAAGCUGCCUCAGCAUGCGCCAGCCGAGCCCAAAGCCGCCGGCAUCAAACCGGACAGCACCAGCAGUCCCAUCCUCGCUAAAGGCAAGAAGGGGAAACUAGCCUCCCAGACGGGCCCUCUCAGUCAUGGAUCCCCGAUCCGGGUACCGACCGGGGCGGCUGUCGGCCGGGUCAGCCAAACCGACAGCAGCUCAGACCUGUCAGACUGUCCGUCCGAGCCGCUGUCGGACGAGCAGAGGCUGGCACCAGCUGCUAGUAGCGACGCCGAGUCCGGUACCGGCUCUAGUGACCGGGGGGAUCAGAUGGGAGCAGAUAAUCCUCCACGGGGAGAAGCGAGCGAAGCGGCGACUGGAGCUGCUGCUGCUGCUGCUCCGCCGCGCACAACCGAGGCUUCCGCCGCCAAGGGAAGCAUGUCUCAGGCUCAGCCCGCUCCGGGGGCGCACGGGGAGAAACACAAGCCGGAGAAAGCUUCAUCAUCAAGCGCACAAUUCAGACUGCCAGGAAAGAAGGAUGUAGCUGAGGAAGAUUUGCAGCGGGAGGUGGAAGAUUUGAGAUCCGAAAACGACUACCUCAAGGUAUGAUGAUGUUUUCUCAACAAGUUACACGCAGGAAAACCUCACCACUGUGUUUAAAGUUGCUUUAGUGACUCCUCAUUCUGAAACUUCCACCUGAAAAGACAAGUGAACCUCAAAUCAUUCAGUCUCCUAAUACAGAUCCAACUGUUUCCAAAGCUGUCUCUUUAUGGGACAGGAAAGAGUGACUACUUCUCAGAACAGCAGAGAACACUCGAAACAAAAAUCAAUUCAAACAAGAAACACUCAUUUUUAGCAGGCUGUUAAUUCAUCCAUCCAGAUGUGGCUCUUUCUCUAAGAGGACCUAAAACUGCCUUUUUGCAGAGCAUUAAAACCCGGCUGUUAUACUGAUUGUUGCAUUCGCUUUAUAUCAUCACCCCCAUACUCAAAAAUCACGUUUAGUAUUUUAAAAAGUGCAUUUUUAAGGCGCUUUAAAUCCUCGGGUCCAAAGACAACUCCUUAUAAGAGCUCUUGCCUCUCUACAGGACAGUCCCAUGUUGAAAUCUCCAGCCUCACCAUCGUUUCGCUGGCUUAAUAAAAAAACACGAUCAAAAUGUAAAAUCUAAAUUUUUGCAUAAUCUAAUGCAUCUCCUUAAACCAGGAGAGGUCCCCUGUGUCGAGUCUCCAUCCAUCAUGUCGUCUUUUUUAACCUUCCUGGGCUUCCCUGCAGUUUGACCUUUAUCGAUGGGACUUUAAUGGAUAGUUGCUCCACACCGACGCAUCCAGAGAGUUUUAUAUUACAGCUGUUGAAUCAUCAAAGUGUAAAAUUUUGAUAGCGUCUUGUCCUCUUCUUCCACUCUUGCACUUUGGGCACAGAAAGUCAUAUCAGGUGAAAAAACUCUGCACUCUGGAUGUUUCAUAAUCAGGGUUUCAUCAUCACUUUAAGCACAAAGAUCCUGCUUGAUUCCACUUUAUUGCAGGAUCCCCACCCCCCCCUUUUUAAGUAGGCUACCCCCAUUAGUUGGGGAGGGGAGGCGAACAGAUAAUGCGGCAAACAAUCUUGCAGGUUUUUCCUCUCUUUCAUAGAUCAGUGACGGGUUUAUUUGCAUGUUAGUCUGAGUAUUAUUUCAAACUUGAUCACGCAUGUCUGUCUGUCUGUCUCUCUCUCUCUCUCUUGGUGCGCGGCAAACACAAGAGAGUUAAUCAGCUUUACUGGCUCUGGCUGUAAUGGCUUUAUCCCACAGGAGUUGAUAACAGUCAGAUGUCCCAUGUGUGUCGGGUUCAAACACCCUCCUGCCUGGCUGUCAGUCUGCCAGCUGGGACUCUGAGGCUUCCACCUCCCCCACCCACCCACCCACCAUGCCCCUGAAAUGUCUGGGAGUCCCCAUCACUGCCACCUCUGCCGCUGCUGCUGGAAAAACAUGUUUGUCACUUUCAUAGUAUUUUGACGCCUCAUUAUCAGUUUCAUCUCUUAAAAGACGAUUAUUCAGACUCAUGAACAAACACUGUUACACUUGUGUCUGGGAUAAUAUUGAAUCACACUCAUGAAUAAGUACUUAAUCAACCUGAUGACAUGAAGUCACUCGGGUUUGGUGGCAGCGUGUGGCGGUGAUCUUUGAGUAAUCGAGGUACAAGAACAGACGCCUUACAAGCAACAACAGUGGUGAAGUUUUCUAACUUAAUAAGCAGCUCUGUUUUUGUUUGUUUGUUUGUGAGCAGGUUUACAGAUUCAAAGAUUGACCUGGUUUUUAGGAAACCUGGGGAAAUUACUAGAGCACGGUCUUGUAAGCUGAGGUCUGUCCUCCUGGGUCUGGCAUUUAAAACUUAUCAAGUGAAGAAAAUCGCAAAAAUGUGUCUCAGAUUUACAAUAAUAAUAAAAAAAUAAUAAUUUUAAAAUCCGAGGAGCUGGAUCCCAUAAAAUUUUGGCAUAUUUCUGCAAAAAAAAUGACUUAAAGGUACAGUGUGUGUAUUUAGCUAAAUUUAGCAGUAGAGACUUGGUACAAAUGUAAGAUAAAAUGUUUAAGUGUGCUCAAAUGGGUGUUAAAUCACCCAAAUAUAUGAGUAAUUUUGCUUUUUUUAACUUGGAAGAGCUUUUUGUAUCUAAAUAUGUAGCGGCAGAAAACUCUCAAACAUGAGUCUGGUUCUGUUCGAGGUUUCUGCCUGUUAAAGGACAUUUUUCUAUAACUGCUACAAUCAUGGAUAAAGAUAGGAUAAAGGUGGGUCUGAUCUUUCAAGAUGGGGCUCAAUCUUAUCCCAUUUUUAUAUGAUCUAGACUGGCUUUUUUGAUUGAUUGAUUGAUUGAUCCCUGUCCUCAGGAGCUGCUCUCUUGUAAUGCCCUGUUUCUAAUGUAGCCCAGAAUGGACACUUUUGAAAGUAAAAACAGGCAUUCUAGGAUCUUUUUGUCCUUAAAGGCCACCAUUGCUUCACUAUCUGGGGGUGAGCAAGGGGGUAAGCAUAGAUGCUGAUAGUUUUCUCCAAGAGAGGGUUCAAUCAACCUACAGGUCAUUUCUUAUGUUUAAAAGUCAGUGUUUACUGUUUCUGUUUUAAUGAUAAGUUAGUUAAGAGAAACGUAUUGGUGUAUGUUUCUUCUGCAGUUUGACUUUGGUGUGAGUUGUGAGAUUUGGCUGUUUGUUGUUAAAAAAAAGAUCUGAAGACAACAUGUCAGAACACAAUUAAACUUUAAUGAGCUUAUUCUGUAGAGGAAGAGGCCGGACUGAAACACUGAUGCAUUAAUCAUGGGAAUAACCAGCAGGCGAACCAUUAAAGGAGAUUGUAUGUGUUAUGUCUACCUAUUUAUAGUUAAAGGUCUCGGAGUUCAGCACCAUAUAUACAGUAUGUUGCAUUUACAGUAGAUGCUAAGUAAGGAUUUCCACACUUCAGGCUCCUACAGAGAAAUCUGAGUACUGCUGCUCGUGACUCGGUGUACACACUCUCCCCACGGCUGAGCUUUUAACCUAGCCAUCGAUUAGUUCGACCCUAUGCGAGGUCAUUAGCUCCUUCCUCCUGGGUCCUCCUCGCCUAACAAAAGGCUCUGUGCUUUCCUAAAUGAGGAUAGAUUUAGUUUUCAUUAAUUGACAUUCACUUCCCUCGGCAUCCUGUUGUCUUUUCAUCAGGUGCCUGUCAAACCUCUGGAUAUCAUCCUCGGGGAAAUAAACCGAGCAAACGGAUUCAUCAGCCAUCAGAUACCCCCCUAGAUCACUGUGCAAACUAUCUGAGAAACAGUUUAAUCUGUUUCUUCCUCCUCUGCCACCGACCAGGUUGUUUCCCAUUGAUGAGAGAUGAUUAAAUGAACACAUCCAAUUCAAGAGAUAAGAUGCUUAAAGCCAGUUAGCGCUCUGACAUCAUCAGCAUUCAGAGUUUUUGCAUUACUGGAACUGAUAUGUAAUCACAUAAAGGUAUUAGCAUAACCUACUAAGGUAUAAUGUAUUAAAUCUCUUUUUUAAGAGCUGUGUGUCUGCAUCUCCGUAAGCACCUUAAAGCUACUAUAAGGAGUUUUUUGACUUUAGUGAAAUAGACUGAAUUUUAUAUUAAUGCCCUCUCAUGUAAUUCAAAAGCAAACAAGACUAUCAGUAACAAGAUUGACCAUUUUUAUAUUGAUAAUUUUAGUAAUCUAAACUGGGGCUAAGAAACUAGAGAUGCACUGAUCCAUUUUUUUCCGAUCCAAUCCGAUACCUGGACUGAGCGUAUCGGUCGAUAUCCGAUACUGAUCCAAUACUACUGUUGAAUGAACUGAACUGUAUACCUUGCCCUGUGAGUGAAGGGAUCAGGCUUGACAUUAGCCUUGUUAAAUAAAAAAAGGUAUCAAAUUAACACAGAUACAAAUUUACUUAAUAUUCUUUAUUAACAAAUAACAAAUUGCACAUUAGCACACAGCAAAAAGAAGUAAGACUUCCAUGUAAGAAAAAUUAAUUUAAAGAAAAAAUAGACCAGAUCAGAACGCUGGAUCGGCAUCAUUCAUCAGAUAUCCGAUCCAGUUAAUUUGUCAAUAUCGGAGCAGAAAUCUGAUCUGAAUAGCCCUGAUUUUACACUCGCCACAUAAAUUCACAAUAAAAAAUAUUUGACUGUUAAGAGUCAGCAGGAUGUCUCAACCUUGAGGUUACAAAAGUGAAGCCAAAAUACCCCAUGUGACGGGUGGCCAUAUAUUCACUGUUAAUGUUUUUAGAGCUGGAUUCUUUGCAGCCAAGGCAGCAACAUUUGCAACCUGCCUUUUCUGCUAGCUAAGACACAUGGUUAGCUCACCAUAAAACAUGACCUAUCCUUCCAUUUGGCUCAAUCUGUAGCAUAACAGCUAGUUAGCAGACCUUCAUAGGUAAAUAUCAUAAGUUUUAUAGCAACUAAUAACUUCAUUAAAACCAGAAAAAAACACUUUGACAUGAAUCAACGUGAUUAGAACUAUCCUGAAUAAAAGAAACCAUGAUUGGGAAAGACUUAUUUGACAUGCAUUUUAAAUUUGAAGCUUGACUCAUGUCCCAUUUGUUAACAUGGAGCUCCGAUUGCGUUGGCUUCACUUUUGUGUAGCUGUCAUGCCAUCCACUGUUAUACUCAUUAUUUACUGGAAUAUUCCCAGUGUGUGUGUGCUGAGAGACCCCAAAGUCACAGUCUGCAAAGCCCAGAAUUGACUCAACAGGGAAAAAAUAUUCCCAACAGGAGUGUUUGUGACAUAACUGGGGCUGCACUUAAGCACAAAGCUCCUGUUACAUCAGUUGGUCUGUCCUUUUAUCGAACGGCGAGUCAAUCACUAAAUGCCUCUUUCAGGUCAGACUCUGCCUUGGACUAACAGCUGGAUCUUCUUAUCGGCUGUUUGACUGGAGGAUAUUAUUUUGACCCUCUGACCUUUCCCCUGACCUUCCCUCCAGUCUAAAUGUCUGUUUGUAGAGAGGAAGUAUUAAAAUAUAUCGGGUCAUGAAAUGUAGUCGGCAUAUUCACACUCACACUCCAGUAGCUGGACAUAAGUUUCCCCGGAGUGCCCUUUAAACGCCUGUUAAAAACAGGAGCACAACGAUAUAAAGACAUGCCUGGAAAAGCACAAGAGUAGCUCUUUUAUUACAUCUCACUGUGUGGACUAGGAUCAUUCUCCGGUUUUGUAUUCAGUUUGAUGUAUUAUGAACUCUCUCAGGCAUAAUUUAUACCUUUUUACUCACUUUUAGUUUGGCUCACGAAAUAUCAAAAUCUUUUCUUUCUUGAUUUGAUAGAUCAAUUUUAGUGGAUCUCUCAUUAGUCUGCCAAAAAAAAUCACCUUUUACAAAUUGGAUAUCAUAUGAUCUCGUGUGUCUCUCAGGAUGAAGUGGACGAGCUGCGGGCAGAGAUGGAGGAGAUGCGGGACAGCUACCUGGAAGAGGAGGUCUACCAGCUGCAGGAGCUGCGGAGGGAACUGGACCGCUCCAACAAGAACUGCCGCAUCCUGCAGUACCGUCUGCGGAAGGCCGAGCAGAAGAGCCUGCGGGUCGCUCAGACGGGACACGUGGACGGAGAGCUGCUGCGAAGUCUUGAGCAGGACUUGAAGGUUUGUGAGUUCUGUCAAAGUGUAUUUUGAUCGGCUGUUACUAUCGAUUACUUUCUGUGUUCAGCUAAUAUCAUAAAAAUGUACCGCUUUUAACCUCAGACUUAUCCGUCUCUAUGUUCUCAGGUGGCCAAAGAUGUGUCUGUGCGUUUACACAAUGAGCUGGAAAGCGUGGAGGACAAACGCAGCAGAGCCGAGGACGAGAACGAGCUGCUCCGGCAGAGGAUCAUCGAGAUGGAGGUCUCCAAACAGGCUCUGCAGAACGAGCUGGAGAGGACCAAAGAGGUGAGAGGAUAAUGAUGCUGUUUGAUGCGAGGCGGCUGCAGGUCAUGAGAAAACUUUUAGCUUUCAUGCACACAAAGAAGUAAAUGCUGAUCACGUAAUCGCAGGACUUUGUUUGGGCCGAGUGUCAAAUGAGUGAUGAUACUAAUAAGUGGAUAUGGAGGGUGAGUGGUGGAACAGCAGUUAGAAAAACAGCUGUGUGGACAGGAUAGUGAAAAUCAGUACUUAUGGGUCCACUGAUCUGCAACCUACCAUGAGAUGCUUGUGAUUGUUGCUGCAGCCUCUUUGCUACCUGCACAUGAAAGCCGGGAUCAAUGCUGAUCCUCAGCCUGAUCAUCUGCAUGAUCAGCAGGCCGGCAGCGGUAAAUGAUUUCAUCAGUCACUUUCUCUGACAGGCCUUUAGAAAACAGCUGCUCUGUGCAAUGACGCAAAAAGGACCCGAGCGGUUUUGCUUGCAAAAGAAAUGCAAAAGAGGAUGCAUGCACAUUUGGGAACUACUGAUACCGUGUGUGUGUGUGUGUGUGUGUGUGUGUGUGUGUGUGUGUGUGUGAGGUAAGUUGUCGUUGAAAGUUCAUCUUAAGGCCAGAAUGAAAUCUUAAGUUCACUUACAUAACAACUUCACAAAUGUUGCGACUGAAGAUUCUCUCCUGAUGUUCAACUCUGCAGAUCUUAAACAGCUCAUGAAAUCACCCUUUAAAAACAGCUUGAGCGUUAUCAGUAAUCUGUUGUAAUGUUUGCUGUUGGUUGUCCCUAUUAUGUAAUUCAAAAUGCUUUUAUUGAAAUAUCUUACAAUGUUGUUAAAAAUAAGCUUUUUUUGCUCAAGUGCAAAAGGUGAAUGCACAAAACACACAAAGUCCUGUGCAGCUGCAGCAUGACUGUGGCUCCAAACUUCAUAUUGCAUUUUAAGACACCACAGGUGUUGCACUUCUUCACCACCCUCGCUCUGGAUUUCAGUCUCUUUGAGUUCCUGUAUCGCUGCCACCCUCCUGCUCUCAGAGGGGAAAGUUCUUUCUUCGAGUCCCCUCUCGUUGGUGAUAAGAUGAGCUGAGGCUGUUCCCAGUGCUGCUCGGGUUCAGCUGCUUUGACUAAUCGACUCUGACGAGAGCAGGUGACAUCCAGUCUGGCAGUUAGGAGAAAGUAGGCUAAUACAGCAGCAGUCAGUCAGCGUGGAUGUGUGACACUGUUGUCUCCUCCUGCUGUUAUAUUUGUAGCUGGUUUGAUUGAUUUUGUCCCCUCAGUGUCUCCGUACGGACUACUGCUCUGUGACUUUCUCCACUGCUUUGAAAUCUGUAUCCUGAAUUCUCUCCGUUUCCAACAUUGUUGUUUGUCACUUCAUCUUAUCAGCCCCAAACUGAGACGCUUGGAGUACAAUUUAUCCAACAUGACUGCAGACGAUCGUCAAACAGAGUUUAGUGAGUCUGGUGCCAAUUGGGAAGUUUAACUGACUUCCCUAAUCAUACGCCUAAAAUGCGAGCUGAUGUAUCACGGUAUGAUGUUUUGUUUGAGACUAAGAAUAGAAAUAGAAACAGAAAAUCUUGAUGACAUUCCUGUGGAGGUUGUCAAAAUGGACAUGAUGAGUUCAGGCAGAAAGGUUAAAUACUUGUGUUGGGGCCCCUCAGUCAAAAAAAGCCCGUAUCCGGCCCUGGACAUGUGGGACCUUAAGGGUACAAAUGAUGACCACCUAUGGGGACCUUUUAGUUUGUGCGGUAUGUUUUCUUCUGACUUAUUUUGCCCCUGACUCUCUUCUACACGGUGAGGAAAGCGGCGAGGCAGCGAUACAGGCUGCUCCAAAUAAUUGCAGAUUUUUCUGUGUUCCCCUUGAGGUUUUGUCCCAGAAAAACACAAGCAGAUCCAGAUCGGCUCUUCGACGUCACGUGAUGCCGCGUACCCCGGCGUGCGUUUUAUAAUGCAGCACCCCAACAUCUUCAGCUCUGCUGCAUGAAAUCCACACUUCCCUCGUCCUAGAUUCUUCCAGUUUUGAAUCACUGCGUACUCAUUAUGCCAGUCUCUAAUUCCUGUGUAAUCAUAAAGCGCAGUAGGUAACCUUUUUUAUUUCUUUAUUGUUAUUAGCAGGGGGUGAUAAAGGCAUUUACAAACGUUUAGUCAGAGGUGAAUUGGAGAGGAGCUGCUCUCUGCUUUUGAUGCUGCUCAGCUCAGAGAUAAAUCUCACAGAGAGACAGACAGAGAGAAAAACAGGAGGGGCACAUUUUACUGAUAAGAAUGUGGUUCAACUGGACUUGAAGGUUGUUCCUUUCUCUAUCUGCUUUAAUUAGACUUUGGAAAUUGUGACGCAGGUGUGUUAUAUCACAAGGGGUGGAAAAAACACCAAACUUCAUUCAAUUUUCGCAAGAUUUUUCAAACUCCAUGGUCAGCGCAGGUCCCCUCUUCUAUUUCGCUCCCUCGGGUAUCACCUGUGGUUGUUUUGAGCACCAUAAUGAAGAGGUAACAUGACCAAAGAAUACAAAACUCUUCAAGCUUUCUCACCGCAGAGGUAAAAAUCCAGCUCAUUCAGCCGGUUUUGUGGUCUGUGUGUUUUUAAGUCCACCUCCACCUGUCCCUGCGCCUGUUUUCUAAUAUCAGAAGCAACACAGUGUGACUCUGACCCACAGAUUGGCACCCCUGCAUGUAUAAAUCCCACAAGAAGGCCUGUUAUAAAACAUCCUGGCGUGUUACAGCUGACUGUGAUAGGAGGGGAGAGAGCGAGAGAGAAAAAGAGAGAGAGACAAAGAGUCAGGGAGGAAGAGAAAGGCUGUAGGCCCUGUUUGCCUGCGAUAGGACCACAGCUCCUCUGCUCACACAGCCGAUAUUAAACAGUUUAGCGGGGCUGCUAGGUUGACAGGACCCUCUGUUGCUACAGUACAAGCCCGAGGAUCCAAAACUGCAGCUGCUGCUUCUGUGUGGUCAGUUUGGAGGCCGAGAGUGAUCGGUGGAAAGAUUUCUCAUCCCUCUGGCGUUGGAAGAAAGACUCGCUGAUACGUGUAAUGAAAUGGAACUAAUGAAAUGUCAACGUGCAUAACACAAGCAGCAGGUGAUUUAUUAGGUGUUCUGCGUGCGCCGUGAUAAGUUCAUCUUUCAUUACGGGGAAGUGAUAAUGCUCCCAUGUUGUGCUUUUCCUGCUCAGUGAGAACCGGUUCCGUCUCAUGUCAGAUUUCCUGAGUCGUCAGACGGAUCUCGACAUCAGAUCUCACGAGGACAGAACACAAUGAAAAGACAACAUCUACACAUUCGAUAACACGUGUCGGAGGAAGCUCUCGACAGUGAGAGUGUGGGAGUGUUUUAUCAUGCUCGCCAGCCUCACACCCAGAUUAUAGUAGAGGGACUGCAUGUGCUCGAAUGUAAUCCUUUUAGUGUUAAAAAAAACUGUAUGAAUACCACAUUGAAGAUGUGUUUUUAUGGCCUCACUUUGCCUUAAAAAAGCCCUUUUUGUUUUUAUACUAUCACUACCUUAAAGCUCCUGUAGGUAACUUUUGGGUUGUGUUGAUUCUGGCGCCCCCUGUGGUAGGGCUGGGUGAUAUGGGAAAAAGUUUAUUACGAUAUAUAUUUUUUCAUAUCAGUCUGUAUCGAUAUAUAUGAUAUAUAUAUAUAUAUAUAUAUAUAUAUAUAUAUAUAUAUAUAUAUAUAUAUAUAUAUAUAUAUAUAUAUAUAUAUAUAUCAUAUGAGAAAUGAAAUUGAACAGUACUUAUUGGUAGCGUGUCUUUGGCAAUACAAUAAGCUACUGCAUCUGUGAGGUCUUUGUGUCUCUUUGACGUUUUGUUCUCGAGGCACUGUUUCAGGUGGUGAAAAAGAUUUGAGGUAUUUCCUGACUUUGUGAGAACAUGUACUUGACAUUAUUUGCAGUGCACAUUACUCUGCUUCAUGUCCGACCUCAAGAAAACAAAAUACCUCCACACCACUGAUGUUUUCUCAUGGACAGAACUGUCGGCUUCACAUGUUAAAGUGCUGUAGUUGCGUGUAGCUGCAGCCUGCUACUACGCAGUUGUUUGCUACUAAUUCAGCAAAUGAUUGGUUCAGCGCGAAGCAGACCCGGGGCAACUCCCCUUGUCAUUGGCUAUUCGUAUAGUCUACCAAAACAUGGCAGAAUGCCGACUAUCAAAAAGCAUAUUGACCAUGUUUUAUAUUGAUAUUGAGGGAAAUUGAUUUUCGAUAUAUAUCGUUACCUUUUUAUCGCCCAGCCCUACCCUAUGGACAAAGUGAUUUCUCCAAUCUCACAUCCUUUACAUGCAAAAAUGGUAUCUGUCAAUCAUCUGGUUUGAGAUGUAGCAUCAGUAACUUUUCCGCUUUUACUAAUGUGUUAACAUCGUGAAGCUCUGGUUGUAGAGUUUCUCCAUUUAAAACAACACCCUAACAGAAAGUGUACAUCCCUUUGUUACAGCAUCAGUCAAGACGUCCAAACAUCCCUCUUCCUGCUGGUUAACUUACUCCUCACUGACUAACUUCACCAGCAGAGCUCCCAACAGAGCCAGUCCCAGGAGAGUGAUCAGUAUUGGCUCAGUUUUCAACCUCUCAUCGUUUCAGAUAUCACACUGCGCUAUUAUCGUAAUCUAACCAGCACAGGUCUUUGCUUUUAUUCCUCCUGUUUAAAAAUAGAAACUCUAAUAUCUGAGAGUUUUCUAGCCUCACAUCUUUAGUUUGUGUCUUUCACCGCUACAAAGGUAGGAGAAGGGGAUGCCUGAAUUCUUAAUAUGUCAACAGCGUCUCAGUGAGAAUCACUGCAGACAUCUUUUGUUUCAUGUCAGAGCAGCCGCCUCCUGCUCCUCUCUCAUUUCUCCUUCUUCUCAACAUCUCAGCGUCGGCUUUGAAGAAGCUCCCAAUUCUCCUCUUCUCAUCUCGGCUUCUCACGACUCCUUCGCAUCUCUUUCUCCCCCCUCCUCUCUCUCCUGCGCUCUCCUCUGCUGUGGUUCCCUGUCGGAGGAGUGUGAAGGAAUCUCAUUGACCUAGUUAAUAUCUGGUGUCUGACUCCACCAAUGGGAAGGAGAGCAGGAGUGAGGCGAGGAGAAGCGUAGGGACUCUGCUGUAAGUGGAAAUCUGCUGCAGUGACACACGUCCAUGUAAAGCUUAUCGACACACACAGUGGCUGUGCAGUUGAGUUCAGUUCCUCAUUUACAUAACGGACAGGAGAGGGUUUUUACAUGUCAUAUAUAGCAGGUAGAGUUAAUGAAUGAGUAACUGCAAAGAUCCGACCUGUCCUGCCAAAAAGUUUUAGAUUGAUGACUUUAAUGAGGAUGUUUCAAAUUUAGUCUUAAGUCGUGUUGCAAAGCAUUUAACAGGCGAUGAUAUGGUGGCCCUACAGGCAAACUACCAGCGACAGAAAGCAAAUACGGAAAUCAUCAAUUCUGCAUGAAACCCCGGAGUAAUGUGUUUUAAUUCUGGUGCAGCUCUUUGAAGUCUAAAACCCUUAAAAACGAGAUUCCUCCUCCGUACGAACUACUGUUUUAAUUUACGCAAGAAUCAAAGCUGCCACUUGGUAAUCUUUAAACAUCCUGAAGCAUUCACAGUGGCAGCAAAUCAAAGUGUGUCUCCAAAUGUCUUCAUGAACUUCAAGGGACAUCUUAAAGUCACACAUUUAUAUCUUUAUCAGACGUAACCUGGAAGAAAAUGAGAGCGUCUUGAUUUAAAGCACCAGAUUAAGGCUCGAAGUUGGCAGCAUGUCUGCUUGAUUUUUGUUGACAAUCAGUUUGUAUAUUUUUCUUAUUAAGCGGGUAAUGAAAUGUGAAACAGCAGUGAACACACUCUGCUUUCUUUGGGAAGUCUAUAAAUAUGUAUGGGUGGAAGUAUGGGGGUAAACAACACCCCAGAGCUGCUUUUCUUUACACUUCUCAUGCAGAAAAAAAAUCCCUUUUUUUACAGCGCUGGUUUAGGGACUAGUACAGGGUUCGGGGUUUCUGCAUACAUAAUGAGGUUAUCUGAAGGUUAUUAAUUCAAAAUGAACAUAUAAACAACAUCAAGGUAAAGGUCAUCAGGUGUUUCUGCUGAGAUGAGGAAUUGACUUUACAAACACGUUUCUCAAGAAAAACAAAAUACACCAUUUUGAAAUAGCAGAAAAUAUUUGACCUAUUCGAACAAAGAUUUAGAUUUUAGACUCAUUUUUAAGAAGCCCUCAUUAGAGGUUAAGGAAUUCACCUCAUAAUAUCACACAUUACUCUAAUAAUGCCAAUAGAAGCAAAGGUAAGGAAGCGUCAACAUAAGAAGGAUGCAACCUCUGAGGAAAAUGAACAUCUGAAGAAACAUUCUUGGUCAUCUUAUUGUCAUUUAAGAAUGCAGUUUACAUCAGUCUGUCAAGUUAAUUGUUGCACUGCAUUAUACAAAGAGAAGGGGGAUCACAAUAUGAGAAUGCAUCCUCUGAGGACAAUGAACAGCGGAAAAAACAUUGGUGAUCAGCCCACUGUUGCUGAGAUAUUUCACCUAAAGUUCCUCAUGACCUUCCUUGUAGCCCAAGAGAAAAAGUCAGGGACUUUACAACAUCAGUGAGAUGCAUCCUCUGAGGAUAAUGAAUAUAAACAUGACAUUAUUUAUAAGUCAGAAUCUAUUAAACAUAUAUCUUUAAACUCUAUUCUUCAACUGAUAUGUUGCACUACAGAAAAAAAGAUAGAAUCAACAUAUAAGUACGAUCUGUCCUCUGAGGACAAUGAAUAUUUCUGAAAAACAUAGGUAAUCUGCUAACACAGAUUUACCAAAAAACUGUAUCAUCAGCUUCAUAUUGGCACAAAAGAACUGUUUGACAAUCAACAACACCAGUUGGAAGCAUCCUCUGAGGAUAAUGAAUAACAGCAAAUACAAGGAUAAUGAUUUAAAAAAUUAUUAUGACAUACCACUUUAAACUUCAUGUCUUAAUCUUGACGUUACAUUACAUAAAAAAGUAAUGAAAUCAACUAUUAAUGCAAUCUAUCCUCUGAGGACAAUGAACAUUUGACAAAAGCAGAUAAUCAGCCAAUAGUUGUUGUUGAGAUACUUCUGUAAAAGCUUUACAUCAAACUUACAUCAAAUAAGGACGUUAGACAAUUUAAAAAAAUGUAGGAUGUAUCUGAGGAAAACGAAUAUACUCGCAAAAACAUAGGUGAUAGGGUGUUUGUUUAAACUGUAAACUAAAAACUUUAAAGACUAGAAAUUUGGCAACACCAAUGGAGUGUAUCCUCUGAGGAUAUUGAAUAUAUGUGGUAAACAGUGCCAACUUAAAACUUUAUUCUAGUCGCACUACAGAAAAAGUCAGGGAUCAACAGUGUUUUAAGGGUCUAUCCUCUGAGGACAAUGAGUUUUUGAGAUAGUUGUGAUAGUUUCCCUUACACUCCACAUCAACCUUACGAUGGCACCAAAGAAAAAGUCAGAAAAUCAACACAGGUGAGGUGCAUCCUCUUAGGAUAACGAAAUGAAAUAGUGACAAGCUAGUGACUAGUUCAUGGUUGGUGGAAGAGCCAUUUAAAACAAGCGUUAACGUCAUGCUGAUCAAUUAAAAAAAAAUCAGGUAAUCAACAACACUGGUAGGAUUGAUCCUCUGGGGACCAUAAAUGUGUUUACAAACGUCAUAACUAAUCAUCCAAUUACUGUGGAGAUUUUUCAAGGUGAACCGAGAAGUUUACUACAGAGAAGGACAUGCCAACAGAUGUUGCCUGUACAGAUAGCAGGGCUAUAAAGCAUCAUCCCACAAUACACUUCUGCUCGGCUUAACCUAGAUCUGAAAACAGCAGAACAUACACGGAGGAGCCCAUCCAAGGUUGGUUCUUUGUUGGCUUCUCUUCUGCACUGUAACAAAUGGGUUUAGCAGUUAUAUUUAGGGAGGCUGACAGCAGCUUGGCAGGCUGUAAGUCAGUCUGAGUCAUUGUGUUUCUCACCUCUCCUCCAAACACAGAGAACAGACAGGCCGUCAGAACAACACAGCUUCAGAUAGUGUGAUGGGGGACGUAGCCUUGAGUGAAAUACAGUCCUCAACAAAACAGAUUUUUGGCUUCACUGACGGUUCGAGAGUGAAGAUGUCGGUAUUGAUCUGAGUUAUGCAGCUGAGGCAAGAUUUUGGCAUCUCUUGUGGGGCAUUUCAGAGAGGUCCAAACCUCAUUUUAUUGAUAUUUUUAUUUUUGUAAUGCAUCAGUGUGAGAGUAUUGUGAUAGGGGUCUUAUUGUAGAGUGUACAUAUUGGAGACAGAAGCGUUAAAGGAGAAGAAUUUUGAGGUAUUCUUUAGAUCAGGAUAUGUUGACACAACAGCAGACUGACUGUUUUUCAGUUGGUACGGUAGAUAUGGUAGAUAUAGUAGAUACAACAUAUGGUAUGUUGUAUCUGAACAGGUUAGCUUACGAGCUAAAGUUACUUAGCACAGAUGAAAGUUAAAACAAAGACGUUUAGCAAACUGUUAAAGCACACAAACCAUCGUCAUAUGAGAAAUCCAACGCUAUGACUCUCCACAAGUUGUCCUUCAGGUUGUCAGGUUGGACACACAGUAUGCGAAACUUUAGAAAAACAAGACGGGAAAACGUUGCUGAUGUGAACGCUUGUACUGACAGGAUGCAGGUUUGAAAAAAAAUAUUGACGUCCGAAAUAAUCGCACGAAAAAACGCUCCCGGUGUGAAAGGACCUUUAGGUUUGACAUAUCUUAAACUUCCUCAUAGAAGCUUCAAUCACAUGAACUUUAAGAUACCAAGAAUGAUAAAAAAAAACCUGCCAAAUGCCUGGCAAGCUCAAAAACCAAAGAAAACACUCUUUAUCAGAACUUUUUAGGACCUCCCUCUUGGUUAAAAACUCAAACUGUGCAAACUUGCAGAACUCCCCUAUAGUUCAGCUAUUUCCACAAACAACCACAACAUGCUUUUAACUUCUUUAUUGUGCAGUCCAUGAGCACGCACCGUCAGCUCCUUGUUAAAGUACAGAGCUGUGUUUGGUCAGUCUCGCAGUAUUCCUCCGAGUCCUCAAUCACAUUCAAAGUGCUCUAUUUAGGGCGAUCCGGCAGUCUCAGAAGCUGUGUUAGGAAAAAGCCCCCUGAGCGGUCCAUGUAUUCCUGCAUCCUGGAAGCCUAUAGAUUGGUGCUCUCGUUUGAAGUGAGGCGCGCUCGUUAUAGAAGAUGAGACGAAGUGAAAGAGUGGCGAGGCAGACGGAUGCGGGCGCUCCCAGCUCUCUCUGGGGUUGUGUGUGGCGUGCAGUCAUGAUUAAAUGAUGACUUCAACGAUAAAGACAGAGACCUGCCCACACAGCUUGAUACGCUCGGAGAAAAGACUUCAUCAGAUGCUGCGACAUCUUCGUGAAUCUUAUCCAUCCUCCUCCUCCUCCUCCUCUGUGCUUUAUAAAAAAUAAUCCCCCUCUUGACUCUGGUCUUUCUGCUUUAGCAUUUGCACGGUUGUAGAAAUCUCUUAUCCUGCUGCUUCUGACUGCAAACAUCUCUCAUGGGUCACACCGGCACUGUGCAGACAUUUGAAAAACCUAAAAUUAGUGUUUAAAUGAUGUUUUCUAGAUAUAAGUUGUCUCAUUUUUUUUUACAAUAACAGGGAAUUUCCAUGCCACUGUUUCUAACAGGAUUUUAGUAAUCCCCGCUAUGACUCAUAAUAAGUGACAGAAAGCUGUAAAACAAAGAUAAAUAAUGAAACAGAUUCACAAGCUUAAGGUUGGCGCAUUUCAUUGCAUUGAAACAGAAAAAGGGCAGCUUUAUAGAUUUACUCCCUAAGCUGUUAGCACCUCCUAAAACAGUCUUAUUUGAGUAUUAUAAGGGACUUGAAAACAUGCUCUUAUCAGGCAUUGAGCUGAUUAUCAUAAGUCUGUAUUAAAGGUAAAUAUAUUCCACUUAUGAAGGUGGCUCCAUGACUUUUUAAGGAUGUUAAAAGCUCCUGUGAGGGAUUUUUUUAACAUGUAUAAAAGACUGAAAUUCAUAUUGAUGCAUAUUCACGGUAUCCUAAAGCAAACAUGGUUAUUAGUAAGAUAAUUUAUGAUAUUUAAGUAGUGAUUUUAAAUGCAUGAAACCUGUGCGAGGGGGGAGGUGUCAGCCCUGCUCGACGAUUUCUGGUCAAAACAGUCGCAGUUGCACUCAAAUGUCAUCAGGAUUAGAUUUACAGAUUUACUUCAGAAGAACAUUGUCCACAGGGGGCGCCAAAAUCGACAUGAGUCAAAGUUCCUCACAUGAGCUUUAACAAAGAGUUGCAGUGGUCUGCAGGAGAAAUGCCAAGAGUGUAGAGAUGUUGUAGAUUACAGAAGAAGGAUUUCACAGCCCGUCUGUUUAAGAAAAUCUUCAAUGAAUCAGUCUGAUCAUCUUGAAGAGAAUUUCUCAUCCUCUCCUUUCUUCUGUUAUGUGAUAAAAAUCUUAAUGCGAACUUUAAAUGUAUUAUUUUCUUAUUUUUAUAGUUGCUGUAUAACUUCAGUUAAAACAGGUCCUGAUUUAACCCCCAGUCCAAGUUGUGGCUGAUGUUGAUUACAUGCUUGUAAACACACAUGAAGUCUGUGUCUCCUCCAGAAGUCGAAGAAAAGCUGAACCGGCUCAGUUUAGGGAGAAAAACCCCCAACAGCUCCAGAAACACUUGAAAACUCCUCAUUAGCGUGUCUGUAUUAGACUAAAGGACACAAACCUGUGACAUAAACCUCCACCAGCCGAUAAAGACUUCCUGUAAUGACCCUCCAGGUUACUGUGGACCUCUGCUGCCACCUGAGCUCAGAGUUCGUUAUCUUUUAUAACGCCCGGCGGUGGUUCGAGAGUCUGCCGGGCUCUCCGCCUUCCUCCUUCACACAGACGGCAUGUGUGCAGAGGCAGAGACCCCUCCCUCUUAUUUCCAACCUAUUGUGAACCUUUUGACACACACAAGGGGACAGUGAAGUGCCGGGCGGCGGAGAGCGGCGCGGGGGUGAGGACGACCUCAUUAUCAGCCAGCUGGACAGCCCCCCUCCCCUCUCUUCUUAUUAACCCUCAUCCCCCGUCCUGCACCCUCCUCCUGUCCAAACUUCUGUCAGAAAGGAGAAUAGCGCUCUGUUGUCUGGGUCCUUUUUUAAUGAGCAGAAGAAACAUGGCUGAAGCCCAGAGGGAGGGACGGGGGAGGUGAUCCAGCCCGACUUUUAGAAGUUUAUCAUCAUAUAGAUGGAUUAUGUCGUGAGACUAAACUCAUGCUUGGACUCAUACUUGGCUCAGCUUUUGACCGUAGAAAAAGCAGCAGCAAUCCCUGACGAUAUGAGAAUCACAGAUAAUAAAGCUGCUGAUAAAAGUUUAAUUAAAGCCCCCUAGCCAUUUUAAGGAGGCUGUUUACAGAGACGAUCAGAUAUAGAGCAGGCAGAGUUUGUGUACUGUGUUUUAAACCAGCACUCAUUAUGAUCUUUUGUAUAUUUCAUCUGUUACCAUGGGUGCAAAGUAGCCUCUGUUUUUAAGAUUUUUAAGCCAAAGUUCAAUUAAAGUCCAAAUUCUCAUCUAGAGAAUUGUCUCCUAAAUGACACUGUAUGACACAGCCGAAGUCUCCCGUAAAGAGAGUUUCUUAAAGGGAUAUUCCGGCGUAAAAUUAAUUUAGGGUCAAACUCACCAAAAAACCGAGUUAGACACCCCCUCGAGAGGUGAAUUUUGCCGACCGCUUGCUUCUCUAGUUAUACCAACUUUAGUAAUGACUGCAGAUAGCAAUACAGAGAGCCACGCGCUCAACCAAAAUGCCACUCUAUAGCCACAAAUAAUGCUCAGAACAGCACCUAACUUCAUCAACAGUACAUAUAGGGUCCCAGCCACAGUACUAACCACCAAACAUCUUUUUAACUUUGCCUGAUUUCUUUAGCAAAGAGACUAAACACAACUCACCUACUCUCUUCCAGCAGCCGCUUGUUGGUAGCGAGACCUCAGACCAGUCCAUUACGGACUACAGCGGGGUGACGCAGCUCAAGAAAGAACAUUUAUGAUCAUUACUUCAUGAAAUGCAAUCAGACCGAGGUGCUAAGGCAGAUGAACUACUGUGUCUGCAGUGCAAAAUGAUUAAUAUGGUGAUAAUUACUUCAAGGAAAUGAUAAACUAAUGAUCAUAAAUGUUCUUCCUUGAGCUGCGUCACCCCGCUGCAGUAAUGGACUCGCCCAGAGGACUCCAUACAAACAAGCGGCUGCUGGAAGAGAGUAGGUGAGUUGUGUUUAGUCUCUUUGCUAAAGAAAUCAGGCAAAGCUAAAAAGAUGUUUGGUGGUUAGUACUAUGGCUGGGACCCUAUAUGUACUGUUGAUGAAGUUAGGUGCUGUUCUGAGCAUUAUUUGUGGCUAUAGAGUGGCGUUUUGGUUGAGGUUUGUUUAUGGCUCCUGAGACCGCUGUGUAUUGCUACCCUGUGGUUGUUACUAAAGUUUUUAUAUCUAGAAGAGUGAGCGGUCGGCAUUCAUCUCUCAAGGGGGUGUCUAACUCGGUGUUAUGGUGUGUCUGACCCUAACUUAAUUUUACCCCAGAAUAUCCCUUUAAUCUCAGCUGCACCGACUGGUUCAGGACAGGUACCACGAAGAUAAGAGUCGAUAUCUUUUCAUUUCAUGUCUGAGUUUGUGACAUUUGUUAUGGCAGGAGCAGCACGGAGGAAAUGUAGUAUCUCUUUCCUCUUUAGAUUUGUCAGCAGUAUUUUGCCUGGAGGGGUUUCAGUCGAGUGUAUCUCUGCAAUCGUAUCCGUGUCCUCUGUACAUCAUGAUGAAAAAACAGAGCGACGUUCGCCUCCUCUGCCCUCUCCACAUUGCUCGCUCUGUCUCGAUCUCGGCACAUUACACUCCGCUGGCACGCCGCCAGUCUGCCAUCCCGGAGUAUACUCGACAGGACCUGCCGAGGAGUUUGCAGGCAGAUGACACAGCAGCUCUUCCCUCCUCCUGGCCUGUCUGAGCCUCACUGUCAUUUGUAGCUGUUAGCAUCGCUCCACGAACAGGACGACUCUUGUGACACAGUGAAUUUUCGUCUUUACAGCCUGUUAUCAGCUGUUAUUGAGAGAACAGGCUUUUAGGAUAUAGACGACCUCUAGACAGAGUGUGGGCCUUUCAGAUGUAUUGACCUCUUCCUGUCACCUGUGUCCCCUCUGAGGGUUUUGCUGAAACUGCAUCCUGCUGCACGUUCAUAGUUACACACAUUCCCACCUGGGAGCUGCCCACUGUCGUCUCAUGGCCUCACCAAGGGCUAUGUGAUCACUGUCAAGGAGGAAUUGAUUCAUCCUCCUCUUACCUUUGGGCUACUUUUGUAACAUACACUUUGCUUUUGUAGUGAUUUUGGACUUAAAGCCUCCUCCCUGAGUGAACGACAACACCAAAUAUUCUCUAAACUGAUUAUUUCUCUUUGGUUUUAUCUCAUUUUAGAGCAAAAAAAAAUUACAACCAAGACAACAGAGUCACAAUAAUGUGUCUGUUAAAUUUUAAUCCCUGGCAAUCAGCUGAUUUGCUUUCCAGCUGAGAGUUCAAUACAACAAUCAAUACCACUCUCACGUGUUAGCUUUAAAAUGCUGUUUUAUGGUCACCAUCCCGUCAGCUUAGCUCGACACAAAGGCUGAAAAACUGGGGAAAUAUCGAGCCACGCUCUCUCCAUGUUAACUGAGUUCAUGCCGGUGGUUCCUGUUAUCUACAUGUCUAUUGAUGAACAGCUGUUUUCUGCACAGCUUGGAUUCAUCAUCUCUGCUAGGUUUAUCCCAACCUCAAAGCUGGGAUUCUUGACACGACCAAGUUAGCUGUUUCUUGCUACUUCUACUCUGUGCAUAGCUUGAGUAAAAACUGUGUGUAUUUUUCAAUGAAGCUUCAUGCAAUGAAACCAAUUUGUCUAAAAAAACACCACCUGGAGAUUUUAUUUGUUACAGUUUGUGUAGUUUCAGCUGCUCCAGUCUUGUUUUUAUGAUAGGAAAUUAAUGAAAAGGUUUGAAGCUCCUGCAACAAACUCUUGGUUUGUGUUGAUUUUGGCGCCCCCUGUGGACAAAAGGCUGUUUGCUUGUCUUGUCCUCUACAUCAGUGGUUCUCAACUGGUCUUACUCUGGGACCCACAUUUUCCCAUGGUUCUUGAGUUGCGACCCACUUUUAUAGAAUUCAAACCAAGCAUAUUAAUUUUUAUAUAUAAAAAACAACCUUUAAAGGUUAACAUAAAUCCACUUAUUUUAUUGAGUUAAGUGCAUUUCAGAGCAGAAGGGGACAACAAGAGGACGACAACUACUGAAGCUGCAUGUACAAAAAAUAUAGAAUCAAUAAUAAAUAUCAUAUUAUAUAUUUACGUUUUUGACCAGCUGUUCGUGACCCAUCCAGACUGUGUCCACUUUUGGGUCGGGACCCACCAGUUGAGAACCACUGCUCUACAUGUCCUCUACAAAAAAACUCAUCCUGCUGAUUUUUGACAGAUGUUUUUAUCAUUUAUCGUUUAUGUUUUAUGUAAAAAAAUGUAAAAGCACGUACCUGCACCUGUUUUAGGCAUUACCAUAUAUGGUAUAUAUGGUUAUAUAUGAUAUAACCAUACAGAAAUUUUCAGUCUUGUUGUUUAUGGUCUAGCAUGAUUUUGUAUAUCAUAAAAAGACAUCAGUAUAAGUUUGAGUUUAUUUCACAAAUGUAAAAAAAACUUCUCACUGGAGCUUUAAACACCAAAUUAUUACUCUCUGUGCAAACUUCCCAUAAGAAGUAGACUGUAAACAAUGCUGCACCUCCAGUCUAUAUUACUCUCCAUUAUGUUGCCAUGUGGGGAUAUCAAUCAACGUUGAUUAAGCCAUCAAUUAAAUCGUGAAUCUUUGCUGUGGAAAUACUAAAUACCGGUUACAGAAAUCAGCCUUAACUUUAUAGAAAUGAUUCAUUUUGUUUCUGGUGGUCUUGUUUGCUGAUGGAGCUCCUCUAGAAACAUCAGUAUUAAUUUCACUCUGUUUGAUAAAUGAAAAAAAAUCUCCUAACAAGAGCUUGGAGGAGUUUACUGCCAGUAAAAGACCUUUUAAUUUAAGAGUCUAAUAAAUCAGACUGAAACAAUUCAGCAAACCCCCUGAGACACCCAUCAAAUACAUCAAGUACUCCAUAAAAAGGUAAUAAGGUUUAUUUUUGAUUUGCGCUCUGUCUCGGGGGUAGAAGUCUGUUCAGAUUGUACCAAAUCUCUGAUAUUUGUUCACCCAGCCUGACUGUCUCUUUGUGUCCCCUUCCGAACAAAAAAAAUCAAUCACCACUCCCCUCUCCUGGCCUCUAGCAGUCUGGGACCUGUCCCCCCAGUUCAACUCCACCAUCAGCUCUCAUACAGAGCCACGGGUGGAGGUUGCCAGUUCUGCACUCGUCAACCCUCCACGUCACAGAGAGGGCUGAAUCCAUCCCACAGCGGCUCAUUGUUGCACAUGGCUGCUCCAGUUUGUUCUCCAAUGCCACAGUGAUUGAUAGUUUUACGACGAUAUCUCUCUGCAAAGUUACAUUUUACUCAAGGUCCUUUUUUCUUAUUAGUCCCAUUAGAUCCUCCCUGUCAUUGUCUGAGAGCUACUUUUGUUUCUGCAGGCCUGAAAAUAUCACAUUCAGCCUCCAUAUCUCUGUCUAUGAGUGGAUUUAUAAAAUAUCAAGGGUAAAAUAUGCUAAUGUCGCUGUACUUAAAAUUCAACUGUAGCCAUUAUAGUUAAUCAUGCAACCUAUUCGGUGUUGGAGAGGCCCUUUGCUCCUCGUCUAAAUCCUAUUUCCAGGUCAGAUUUGUCGAUUUGCUUCUCUCAAGCCAUCCAUUACCAGAGAUGGACAGCCCAGCCAGGCGAUGGGUCAUUAAGUACAGCGAGAAGCUUUCCUGUCUUUACUUCUGUUCACAAGGCAACAGAGCAGACUGAGGGCCAGCGGAGACAUUUUCGACCUUAAUUAUAGGUCUUUAAAGAGGCUAAAAGCGUUAGUUUUUAAUUAAUACAGGUCUCCUUUUAGUGUUAACAUUUCACACAGUAUUAUUGUUACCUAAAAACAAGCAGGAGAGCGAUGGAGAAAUACACAAAUAAACCGUAGCAAGAAGUUAAAAUGUCAACUCAUCCACAUCAGUGGGUCCAAAUCUAAAGGUCAGGUACCUUUCCGAGAGUUAUAGAAUAAACAAGACUGAGUAUGACAGGAAAUAAAAGACUUCUGAUGCACAAAAUCUUUAACUUUUCUUUUACUGAUAUUCAUCAGAAAUUUUUGUGUUUGGAGGUAAAUAACCAAUAUUUAGAAACUUUUUGAAUGAAGCCCUCAGAUGGUGUGAUCGGUCCAAAGAAUAGCAACUGUUAAGGUAGGGCUGGGCGAUAAACAGAAAAUUUACAGAUACUGAAAUUUACGACAAUCAUCAAUGUCAUUUUGCCCAUAUCGGUAUAUUUGGUGUCAGAAAAACAAAUAAAUAAAAGUUGUUUUUGGAUGUGUGUAGGUAGGCUAUGGUCUCAUGUCCCUUUAACGGGCAAAACCCACAGAUCCGGAACCACUCCGCUUCGCUCCGGCACGGCAGGCGGAUCAAAUACACAAGCAUUAUAAUCAACGUGUAUCAGGGUUUCAUCCUCCUCUUAUCUGACUCCACCUGAUGUAAUAUGUUGUUAUCUUUACAGAGAUAACACCUCAGCGCCUUUCUCUUUGCUUCUUUUAUUUAGUUCUUUCCUUCAAAACACUGAUGCUAAACUCGCCGCUCUGCUCGUCCUUUAUUACUUCGGCUCUUGUGAAAAUUAUGCAGAUGACUUUUCUUUUACACGUGUCGAGCUGAGCUUUGGUUAAAAAAAUGAAUAUAAAUGAAUCUGUGUGUCAUGAAGGGACCCUGAGCUGAUUGUAAUUAUACGUUUCAGAGAAGCUAAACCUGCUAAUGGGAGCACUCACUGAGGUGUAGCCUCCUCUCUCUCUCCUCUCUCUCCUCUCACACUGGGAGAUCUGCCGACUCAGCACGGCGCUCUGGAGGUAUUUGAGAACCUGUUUGCCGGCGAGUUUGAUGUAUCAUUCAUGCGCCGCACACACUUACACACUUUAUGUCUGCUCACGAGGCUGAUCUUCAGUUACACCGUCAAACCUGAUUCACUGCGGAGGACAACAACACUCAGCAGUGAAAGUAAUCAUGUUGGCUCAAUUGUUCAGCACUUGUAGUCUCAUCAAGAAAAUUGCUAAUAAUUAUUAGCGGCUAAUUACAUGCGGUUUGUUUUGUUUUGUUUUGUUUUGUUUAAAGCAGCAUGGAGCUCCAGCUAACAAGGGAUUAGCAGAAAACCUCCUGAAUAUCUUGUUGCUUAUUUUAGCUUCUCUCAACCUGGUGCUUUUGGUUUGGGCCAGUUGGCACGACGAUGGCGGUGGCGGCGUGUUUUCUGGGAGCAGCAUGCCAGGCUGUCGGGUUGUUGGGGAGAUUUGUAAAGCGUGAGUGAAAGCGUAGUGACACGCCCCAUAAAAGCUCUAUUGUACCCCCUCUUUAAUGCAUGUCGAGUCUCAGACUGGGGUCAGGGUCGGCUUAGCCAAGAGGAACAGUAUGAGAGUGACCCUCUGCUGCUCACACGCCACCCCCUGCAAACACACACACACACACACACACACAUAAAACUGUAGUACACACAUGCACACUCUCAGGAGGGCAUAUUGUGGUUAUGUUGUUGUGCAGGAUGAUUUAUAACCUGUGCAUGUCAGCAAAGGUCGCUAUAGCUACCAGCAGACCCCCUUUGAGAAUUCAUGUUUUCUCAAUCUAAAGGCUGCUAUAGGACCUCCAGGUCUCCAGUGAGCGGCUCAGAAUAACACCUCACAGCUCACCUGUUGAUGCACGACCAACAACUUAAAGCUUUACCGUGUUUUUCACUUCUAUAUCUGCAGGUUUCCACCAGGAGCUCUAAUUCAAUUGGUCACAGAAAGUUCUUAGCCCACUAAUCAGUUAAUGAGGUUUUGCGAUGAUACAGAUCGUGGAUUUCCUGAAUUAUAUGAUUAUCACAUCUCGGACAUAAAUCACACGACCAGGAGAAGAAUCCGACAUCCAGGGCCUCAGAAACCAGCAGAUGAAUGCCUGUCAGUUCAUAAUAUACUCUCUCUUAUCGAAAAGUGAAGCUGGAUUCAAAAAGAUAAAAAGUCUGGGGGAGAACAGACCCUGACAGGUCCAGAUCCAGCAGACUGUGAUAAAAGUAUGAUUUUUUUCAGUGGUUUAGAGAAAUCUAGCAGCUCUUCUCUCACACACAGGCCAGUCGGCCGUCACUCCUCUUACAGAUCAGUGAGUCUUCACCGUCCCUGACCCUGUCACUUGUUCACUGGUUUUCCGUGGACCACGUUAGUCAGUCUUGCGAACCUCAACACCUAAAACAAGCUGCAGUUUUGGAGAUGCUCUGAUGCUGUUUGGACAAUGUCAAACUAGACCUUUUAAGCCUGUUUUAUUUCCUACACUAUAAAAUUGUGCUUUUAUUUUGAAGUGUAAGCUACUUCCUGUAGUUUGUAAGUUACAGAACAGUUAAAAGAAAGUUAAAAAAAUAUAUAAAUGUUCAAUUAAUUAGUGACUAGUUUUAAUAGGAUUUACAAAAUAAAACAUGAUAUUCAGUUUUUAAAAGUGCUGAGUCAUCUCUCAGAGUCACUAAAGCGAGCUCACUAGCAGUCUUCUGCUGCUUCUUCUUCAUCUCUCUUCAGUUUAAUGGCAUGUGGCAACCAGCAUACAGAACCACUGCUAUAAACUCAUGGUAUUGCCAUAUGCUUAUUUUAAGCAUAAUAUUUGUAUUCAGUGUUUUAAUGAAAAUGGUUAACAUCAUUACGGUUAUAUUGUGACAGCCCAAUCCUGCUUUUAACACAUGAUAAUAAUAAUGAUAAUAAUAAUAAUAAUAAUAAUAAUAAUGAUGAUAAUAAUAAUGAUAGUAAUGAUAAUAAUAAUAAUAAUAAUAAUAAUAAUAAUAAUAAUAAUGAUAAUAAUAAUAAUAAUAAUAAUGAUGAUAAUAAUAAUAAUAAUAAUAAUAAUAAUAAUUAUUAUUAUUAUUAAUAAUACUUUCCUCAUAAUAAUAAUAAUAAUGAUAAUUAUUAUUAUUAUUUUUAUUAUUAUUAAUAUUAUUAUUAUGAGGAAAUUAUUAUUAUUAAUAAUAAUAAUAAUUUCCUCAUAAAUUCCUCAUAAAGGUUGUUCAAUGAUAGAAAAAACUUGUUCUUCUUUAGAUUUGAGCUUCACUUUAGAACAACCACCUGAGGAUCUCCGGCUCUCAUAUAGUCAACAUUUCUACAGAUUGUCAGCGCUCAUAAUGUCAUGGUUGAUCGGUACAUAUCCUCUUGUUUAAAAUAUCUCUUUAUAUCUCAUGAUAGGAUUGUGAUAUGUGCCAUACUGCUUGAUUCUUGCACAACACUGUCCUAUUUAAUGGAGUGGGUGGAAAGGAAUUUCUGCUGCAGGUGAAAUUGACCCAAAUAAAAAAAGAGCUGUGAGAGCAAAAUUGCAUGCCAGGAAACCCAAAACAAUGGACCGAAAAAUGCUUUAAUGCUUUUUGGAAUUGAGGGGGAAGCAGGACUUAAGAUAAGUCUUUUUGAGCUCGUCACUUCAUCCCUUUCACACUGCAUAUAGUCUGAUCCAUUGUUAAUGCAUUAACACUGAUUAAUGCGGCUUUAGGAGGCUGGGUGAUGCCACACUCUGACCACUGGAGUCUGUUUUAGUUUUACCUUCAAUAUGGAGCACUUUUUAAUGACUUAAACUUGCUGCAUGUGAAGAUUAAUUACACAUCCUCUCUCCAGACUCCAACUUCUGCAUACAGGCAUUAUCCUCCAGCGUCUAACAUUAAGGAUUUCACAUUAACCGCAGAGAUUGGAGAGCAAUCUAGUGACAGAUAUCGAUAUCAAGACGCAGGAGCGAUGUCGUGGUCAGAGUCUGUUUACGAGAUGCUCACAUCCGCCGGGGGAUGGCCUGACAUUGGAGUGACCUCAGCGAGUGGUGCAGUCAGCCUGUCUCACUGACAGACCUACAGUAUGCUCACACUGGCAGAUAUAUAUGAACCCGAAAACCCCGCUCCGCCUCACACUCAUGCAGACAAAUGCAUGAAAAAACAUGCACCCACACGUUCCCGGACACAUGUGGGAGACUGAUGACUGCAGAUGUACACGCGUGUGCACACAAACACACGUGUGCACAUCGGCUGAGCAGCGCACUCUACUGGAUUACUUUAAUUCUGUUAGCUUUGAUUGGUUUAGGGCUUUUUUGUUGAUACAUCACUGCAACAGCUAGGCGAGCGGGAAGGGGGGCUUGUGCGUCAUUUUCAACCUGCAAAUUGAAUUCUAAUGGGCUGCAUGGUUCAUAUUUGGCUGAUGAAGCAUAAACAAGCUGUAUAUUUAGACUGUAAAAGCAUACUGCAGGUGGUACAAGCCAGAGAUUGAUCAUCCUCAUAAAAAUAGCACCUCGUCAUAAAUCAGGGUGCAGCAGGAGCUGGAGAGGAAACACUUGGACGGGGAUUUUCUCCUCGGUUCUAAAUUAAAUGACACAAUGUGAGCAUGUGACACUUGUGUGCUCUCGUUCAAGUGUGUAUGCUGUAUUAAUUAAUUUAUCGUAACGGAUUACAGUCCAGAUUGAGCGCUCAUUCAUCCUGAUCUGGCUAAUAUAAUCUGCCUCUAAACAUUUCAUAGCGACUUAUCUCUCUGAGCUCUGCCGCCGGGUGAGAGAUAUUUAUUCUGUUGUGUUGGAGUCUUAGCCUCCUCUGUCAGGGCUCAGAAGGGGUUUAUCUGCAUCCAGCGGUCGUCGCAGCUCCUUUUGUGCUCCGCCUUCCUUCCCCCCCAACUCACCCCGCCGCUGCCAGCCCUCCAUCCCGCCCCACUCGCCUGCUCACACCACAUUUCCUGCUAAAUCCCAUUACUAGAGCCAGACGCUGCUGCUUCUUCGGCUGCUGCUCUCUGCACCGUGUGACAGCCUUUGAGAGAAAUCAUAAAUAGGCCAAGUUGAGUACAGAUGCUGCCGAAAAUACACUCGCUGUGCUCCCUUUCUUACUCAUGCUCCUGCCCCUAAAAUACUCCUUCCUCCCCUCUUUGGGGUUUGUUUUGCGAUAACACCGAGCGAUGUCAUCCAGUACUCGUUCCAAAAAUGUCAAACAGGCGUGUCCGGGUACACAGUAUUCUACUUUCCCGUGUGAAAACUACACACGCCAGUUUUUUCCAAAAGAUGAUGAAGUGAGAUUGUAGCAGCAGCAGAGCUUCACUGAGCAACACACUGAACAGUCUGCUUUUAAUCAUCUGUUGAAUAUUUUCCCCUGAGGUCUGGAGCGACAGUAAUGGAUGACAGAAGCGGCACACACCUACGAAAACACACACUGUCAUAGCAACUUACAACACUCCACUAAGUGUAGUGUAGAGAGGAGCAGAGCUGGAAGUAAUUGUUGAUCAUAAGGACACUGUCACACCCAUCAGGCACACUCCUGAUGUCAUUAUCUGGAUGCUUUACUUCUAUAUUAACUUCCUGAUAUGAACCAGAGCAGGGAUACACAUAAACUCUGUUCAGGCGGGGCGACUUUUAAAGAGUCGUGGCCUUCAUAGCUGAACUGAGCUGAAAUGAAACAGCAGAGAAUCACAGAGUGUACGAGACUCUCUAUGAAUGUCACCAACUUUUCCUGCGUUUACCCUCUUAUUACAAUGACGCUCCUGUCACCUAGCAACCUCAGAUUUAUGACUUUGUCUCCUCCAGCUGCGAUUAGAUUCUUUGGUUUCUAACCAUCUGCAAAGAAAUGCACUUCAGAGGUUUCAUCCAUUUAUGUCUGAAUCAGCAUGCACGUAAGCAAGGCGUUAUUGACGGCUGAUUUCUCUUUCUUUUGAGCCACAUACGCUCCAUAUCGAGUCACAUGACUGUAUACAGAUUUGAAGCCGAAAAGCUCUCGGUAUUUAUGCGAUUUCUCUCUAUUUCCUGAAACCAACAUUGUGCAGUAGUGUCGUACGCACUCCACCUCUUGCGCAGUAGCGUUGUACGCAUUUGACGGGAGAGUCGCUGUGAUGACACUCGGCUCAAACAGCGUAUCCUCCAGGUAAGCUACGCAAUCUUCGUACGCCCAUAGGCUGUAUCAGGUGUCAAUCGUUCUGUUCUCGGGGUGGCUUCAGCCAGCGAGGAGGCAGACGGCGUCCAUUCUGUUUACAAUCUUGUCGUGUUGAUUCAACUGUAGUGUUUACAUUUGACCUCCUUCUGCCGAAGUAUGUCCAAACGACUCAUUUUUCUUCAGUACAAGCUCCUGGAUUUGUCCAGUUGGAUGGUUUGUGUCCUCUGUGUGUUUCUAUGUUGCAGCUUAGAUGAGGCAAAGUCACGUGACUGAAUGGAUGGCGGUGUGUGAGCAUGCAAGGUGGAGAAAGUCAGAAUAGGAUUUAGGAAUAGGAUCAAAUUUAAUAAUUGACAUGUCGGUUAGAGGUUCUGGAUGUCAAUUUCAGUCAUUUUUUGUUUCAUUACCCAGUCCAAGGCUGACUAGUAAGAAUGAGUCAUUAAUUAUUUAGUCGAUUAAAUGCAUUUGUCUCUAUUUUACCUUCGACAGUCUGCUGUGAUACUCUGGUCAUGAAAUUCAAAGUAUGCAGCCUCAAAUAAACGGCUUCAUGGGAACCCUAAACUGCUCAACCGUUGAAGAUUUAAACCCAAACAUAUCCUAAAAAGCUUAAUUCUCACUUUCCCCACAGGCUUUCUAACUUAAAGCCACAGUCACAGCCUGAAUUCGCCUUGAAUCCAAACUAAAUCCCAACCUGACUUUGACCUUGAGUUCUGCUGAAGAGGAGUGUCUAAUUAAAUGAAAGAAAACCCUUUAAUUAAACCCCGUUAUGAGCCUCAUCAAACUGAUGUUGAUGCUGCAGUCACGAGUCCAGGGAAAGGUCUGAGAUUUGACAGGUCACCGAAAGGGCCUUCACCGUGAUCCUCAAAUAGGAUUAGUUUACCAUCCAGAGAGAGAGAGAGGGGACCCUAUUUCUGAUCGGCUAUUUGAAGAGUUAAACCAUACUUAGGUUUGGAGUUGCACAACACCAGAGCACAUUGUAAAGUGGCUGUGCAUGGGGCGAAUCAACCAACUUCAUUUGUAGUGUCACAGUCCUACCCGGAUGAAUGCGUCCUCACCGCUCUGCUCCAUGAUGCAUUUUUUGGCAUUUUCAUCGCCAAGAGAAGAGCCUAAAGUUAAAUCUGAGAGGAAAAAGUUACAGAGCAACAUCAUGAACAACAAAGAUCUGGACUGUCCAGACUUAAACCACCGGGCUCACCUCUGAACUCCCUGACUGGUCCAAGUCUUUGACUCUGAAUGCCAACAUUUAAUCCACAUCCUGCCCUCAGCCUUGUCCUAACCCUACAGCCUUCUUAUUCUUAUCAAAUCCAAAGCUUACAUUAACCUUAACCUCCACCUACACCCUGCUUUCAAAUGAGCUUAAUCCUUCAGUGUGGAUUCUUUAAUAUUUGGGAAACCUUUAAAGAGCUUUGCACCAUCUAAAGGACAGAGUGACACAACAUCGGAGGAGGGGAAAGACCAAGUAGAGGGUUCAAGAGAAGGCCAGAGAAAGACAGACAGUGCCCAGUUCACUCAGUCCCAUCUGGGUAACAACUGUGUAACUACAAUCUGCUAAUCCUGCAGGCUGGCAGAGGCCCAGGGGAGUAAAACCAGCAGCACCAGUACUCCAGCCUGCCCGCCCACCGGCAUGACUGCAUGACUGGCUGCCACUAACCCAUGCUAACAGGCUUGUGAGAGCAGUGCAUUCAGAUGGUGAUGAGGACGGAUGCCUGUGUGUUUGUGCUGUGUGCGUUUUCGAGUGCAAUUGUGUGUUAAAGUGGAAGAAACACAACCGCACACAGAGACGGGGGGAAAUAAGGUUUUAGUUCUGCAGUAAACACUCAGAGGGAAACAUCAUCUCUGCGGUUCAGAUACAUUUUAAGGACAUACACAGUUAUUUUGUACUGUUGAACAAUUAGGAUUAACAUGACAAGAAUCUGGGGCUGCAGCGAUCGAACAUUUUAGUCAUCAAGUAUUCCAGUGAAUAUUAUAAAACAUGAUUUAGUUGAAGUGCAAUUAUUCCGGAACAAUCACGAAACAAGCGUGAGUGUUAGCAGAUUACAACGUUUGUAAGAAAGCUUAUUAUGAAAUUAACUUGCAUCAUGAAAAUCAGUCCAACAGACUGAAGCGGAAAGUGGAAAAAUGAAUUUGACAUUCUUUUUGGAAAUCAUGGACACUUUGUCUGUGAUCUAAAGAGAAGUCAACUACAGGAUUCGACGUCAAAAGCUUAAUUUGCAGCAGACACACUUGAACUGCUUACACUUGACCAUCAGCUGGUGUCAAACGUUCAAUGUCAAAGGUUGUCGAUCACUCAUGCUAAGGGUUUAUCGCUCGGCUUUAAGGUGCUUCAGUAUAGAGAGAUAAACCAUCUGUUCCAGGGAUCAAACCUGUGACCCCGCCUGUCUGCGGCUCCCAUUGCACUGUUUAUGUGACCUCACUUUGUCCAACUCUAAUCUUAUUGAUCCUAUACAGAGUGAUUAGGAUUGUGGGAGUGCGAGGGGGUCACUGGACUUAAACGAGUCUGCACUCUAUUGUAUGCAAUUACAUUUGGGAGUAAAUCCAAACCCGGACCUCGGGGAAAUCCUUUCAGCGUUACGGACAAUUUUAGCAGAUUACUCUUCCUAGAAGUUUAAACUGUUUUAGAUUUUCUUUUAUCCAGGUUUGUUAGGCCCAAAUGUCAAAUAUUUGUUUUCUGGCAGCUUGUAUGUAAAAAGAGUAAACUAAAUAUAAAAGAAGAUCCAUAAUAAAUGCUGAAAUUUAGCAGUAAGAAUAAACUAAAGCUCCCAUGAGGAGUGAAAUAGACUGAAUUUAUGUUUAUAGCUUUUUAUGAUAUACAAAAGCAAACAAGACCAUCAUCGAAGAGGUCGGCUGCUUUUAUAUUUCAACUUUUACUGCCUGAAAUCGACAGGAGCUACUUCAGGUGUAGUGAUGUGCUGGUUUACUAUCUUAUGAUGAGCGUUAUCGGCUUGUUACAGUGUAAAAUGAACUUUUUCCUCAGAGUUUAAAUGUAGGUUCAUUUUUCAGAUAAAAAGUGAUGGCACUAUAAAAGAUCAUUGCUUUGUCCACAGGGGGCGCCAAAAUUGAUGCGAAGCAGACGUUGCUCACAGGAGCUUUAAUUUAACAAACAGCACAAGAAAAUUUAUCCUUUUACUGAUUUAAAGAUGUGCAACAAAAAAUGUGGCUGGGGAUCGAACCUGUGACCAUGGCUUCUAUAUAUUGGGCGAGCACUUGAAAUUCCACCUCAACUUGCUCUCUGAGCGUUUUGUUUUCUUUAUAUCACUGUUACAGAAAUACACCAACAGGGUCCCUAUGAUUAGUGCUGGACGAUAUGGCCUCAAAUCAAUAUCACGAUAUAUUGAGCAGCUCGCCUCGAUAAUGAUAAAUGGACGAUAACUACUCCACAAGCUGCUCACCCCCUCCCACAUUAACUUUGUCUACUUCAGCCACCACAACUUUGGACCGUCCUCCAUCUCCUCACCUGUCUUUCCCUCUUUGUUAAGGACUGGAUGGGGUGGAGUCAUGUCUCUGAUGUAGGACAGCGUCUUAAAGGGACAUGAGACCAUAGCCUACCUACACACAUCCAAAACCAACUUUCAUUUAUUAAUUUUUUUGAUAAAAAAUAUACCAAUGUGGGCAAAAUGACGUCAGUUAUUGUCGUAAAUUGCGGUAUUGGAAAAUUUUCGGUUCAUCGCCCAGCCCUACCUAUGAUGCAGCAGUGGAGAGAUGUCAAAAUGAGGCGGCUACACAGGAGUGAGUGGUUUGCUCAAGGGCUCCUUUGCAGUGACCAGAAAGUGAACUGUGUCUUCUCUUAUAGCCUGUCCUGAUUUUAUGGGAGCUGGACCAGAAACACCCAGUUUCCAAGUUGAGUCCCUUCAGAUUGAGUUACAAAAGUGGCCUCGUUUUUCAAUUUGCAGCACCAUAAACAUAAUCAAAAGACUUCCAGUUUAUCGGUUUAUUGUAAUGAAAUGUAAACUACAGACUGAAUCAGCAUGGUUGUAUUAUUCAGAUAUAAAACAGACAUCAGGUUCCUUUCACCUCUCAGCUGUCUGAUAACACAGAUGUUGCAUUCACAGUGAACAAGGAUCCCUGGUUGGGGUAGUGUGGGGUUCUGCGCAGCUUUGCACAAGAUGCAGCCUAAUCCGCUGUCUCCCCAGAGAGAUUAGCCUUGUCACCAGGGCUGGGAAUUAAAGCACGACUGGUGUUGGAGAUACUGACACAGACACAAAGCUAAGACCAGACCGGUUAGGGUGGAGGGGGAGGGGCGGCUGGUAAAUGAAUACCUAAAGUAAACUGUGAAUUACAGUCUGUCAUUGUCAAAUAAAAUCAAUUUUAGGAUUCCCGGAGCUAAAGUUGGCACUCACUGUUCAAUACACGUACAAACCUGAGUUUGACAAGUCAAAUGUGAGAGUAAACAACUCUGUUUACCUGCCUUUUGAAAGGAAAGCCAAAGACUUAGCAGUGUGAUGAGAUGAAACAACAUGUCAAACACAUCAUGUAAUUGAAGCGGGGCCUCAAAAAGCUUCACGCCGAUCUGAAUUCAGCUCAGGGUGGGUUUCUCUCUUUGCUCCAGCAACAGAGGUCGAACUCAGAUCAGACACGGGAACUUCAAAAGACACUGCACAAGGCAACAAGAGGGCAGACAGAGGAGCUUCAAACUCAGAAAUCCAGUUUAGCAUUUUAAAAAGUGUUGAUCAAAGACUAAUGAGGAAAUACUGAUCAGGAAAAACACCUCAGCGAAAGGCUCUGAAGUGGAGGUUGUUUGGAAAUCAGGGCAGACAAGACGGUGAGGAAAGGGAGGGCGCGUGCAGAUUAAUCUUGACAUUUAAUGUAGAGGUUCAAGAAAAUCAUCCAGAGCGAAAAUGUGCAACAAACUCAAACCUUCAAUAAGAGGAACAGAGCUCCCUCUGUGACUCUGACUGCCCUCAGUGUGGUCAUGUUCAUGUCUCGGCGCUCCCCUUCCUGUCGCAGAGCCAGAGUCUGAGUCAAGGUUCUUCUUUGCUCCGGGCAAAACAGGUUCACCCCUCACACUUUCCACCAGUCAGGCCAUGAAUGAUUCACUCUGUCCUGCUGCUCUGUUUUAGCUGGCAGCGGGGUUGUACAGUCAACCGUUUGCUUUCUAUAAAGUUAGAAAGAGGGUGAAGCAAAAAGAGGACCUUUGUAUCCUCGAACGGCAGCAGUUAAAUAUGACUCUGUUUGCUAAUUUAGGAGGAAAAUUUUAGUCUAUUUAAGAAACGUAAUCCGUCUUUUAAGUGGCAAUUUGAGGCAAGAGGAUUUGGUGCAAACUCUUAUAAUCGUAUCUCAAACUACAGAACAUGUAAGGAUGAAAGAUGAACUAAAUUAGUUCGCAAGGCUUUAGGUGAUUCGUUUCCGCUGCAGAGAUACAUGAUAUUAAAAAUGUACGAACACUUAUCAAUCUGUGCAGACAGACUGAGCAAAGCAAAACAAGGUUAGUUAUGCAACACAAGGUAAUUCAAAAUGCCUCGCAGAAGAUGCUGGAACAUCAUCAUAACUGAGUGAUUUCAAAUUAGAGAGAAGACAAAACCAGAAGGUUGGAAUUUGGAGUAGAAGCUGCGGUGCAGUGUUUAUCAUCUGAAUAGGAGUUCAAAUAAUUUCAUCAAAGGUUUCUGCAAACAGCAUCGGUUUAAACCAGACAUGAUGUUUUCUAUGAGUUUGUUCAAGAUAUAUACAGCAUAAAAACCAAACCGCUGACUUUGAAAACAGAAAGCAGACUUGGUUCAGAUGACCUGAGCGGUUCACACUGUAUGAGAAGAUCACUUAUAUGAACCAUUUUGGCCCAAAAUCAUUCAGUACUGUAUAAACCAGCAAAAUCUUUUCACUGACAAACAGGAAGUCAGUGUGAAGACCUUUGAACUGGACUGAUGUGAUCCACUUAUCUGGUAUUACGAAGGACUCUGCGGUGUUCUGAAUCAGCUGCAGACAAGUAAAGACAAUGUUACACAAACCGAGUAGAUGGGUGAUGAAAGCAUGGACAAGUUUUCCCAGUCCUGUCGAGACAUGAGUCCUUUAAUCCUCUAUGUUUUCUUUAACAAUCAUCCUCAUGCAGUUUUUAAAGACUCAGGUCUGCACCCAAAUCUCUGCCUUUGCCAUUGUUUUUUAGCAUUAAUGACCGGAGCUGUGCACUGACUUGAGUCCACUCUUCAGCUGCUAAAUUGAGUCUGUGUUAAACAAAAAAACACUUAAACACACUUGAACGGACAGAUUCACUCAUUACUUGCACCCAGUUUUUAGGACUUUGCUGCCCUGGUGAAACUGCAGUGUAUGUUUGGGUUUUUUCGCUGCCCGUAUAGUAACUUAGUUGGUUAUUUCCUAUAAUCUGAGUUAGUGGAAGCUUGCAGUAAAUGUUAAACUGAUGAGGACCCAGGAUGGAGCCUUGGGGAACCCCAGGUGUGAAUAUAUCUAUGGACUCAAAGGAGUUUAUGUUCUUUAAAGGGAUAUUCCGGCGUAAAGUUAAUUUAGGGUCAAACACACUGUAACACCGAGUUAGACACCCUGUCGAGAGAUGAAUGUUGCUGACUGCUUGCUUCUCUAGUUUUACCAACUUUAGUAACAACCGCAGAUAGCAAUACGCAGAGCCACGCACUCAACCAAAACAAAUAAUGCUCAGAACAGCACCUAACUUCAUCAACAGUACAUAUAGGGUCCAAGCCACCAAACAUAUUUCUAACCUUGCCUGAUUUCUUUAGCAAAGAGACUAAACACAACUCACCUACUCUCUUCCAGCAGCCGCUUGUUUGUACAGAGACCUGCUCAAGGGGUGACGCAGCUCAAGGAAGAACAUUUAUGAUCAUUUUUUUAUCAUUUCCUUGAAGUCAUAAUCACCAUAUUAAUCAUUUUAUACUGCAGAUGCAGUAGUUCUUCUGCCUUAGCGUCUCAGUCUGAUUGCAUUUCCGUGAAGAAAUGAUCAUAAAUGUUACUUGUUACUCUGUUUCUUGAGUCCAAACCUCCAGACUGUCUGUAUAAGCACCUCACUGAUCAUCAUUUUGUUUUAUAUCGACCCUUCAGCUGUGGUUUAAAAAAAUCGACCUUAAUGCUAAUGGUCUGGUUUGUGUUUCUGUGUCAUAAAAACAUAUCAGUAUUGAUCCCAGUCACUUUUAUGACUGAACGGGAAACAUUUGGACACGCUGCCUGUCAAUCUGUCUCGAUUUUGCAGCAUCAGUUUUGAUAGUCCCCCUUUUCCUCAGUGAUUUAUUUUCCUAAAACCACCACAGUCACUGCGUCUGGCUCCUCAGAAGCUUUGCAGAUUUCCCUGUAUCAUGUUGUUGUAGAGUGAAGUAGAAGUACAUCAUGAAAUAUGAUUGCAACCCAGAGAUCAGAAUUAUUAAUAUCAAGUUAUGCUUCCUAGAAAGGAGCCCGGCUUAACUGAUCACCAGAACCUUUAAAUAACUCUGCCAGGGACGCAAUCUGUUCCUGGAACAAGGUUCCCACUUGAUGACUGACUCUGCAUUUGUAGACGGCCGGGGAUUUCUUUCUCUUCCUGUCUCUCCUCCUGUCUUCAUUUCCUCACACUCCUUGUACAUCUUGACCUUGUCUUGUUCUGUGGAGCUGCAGCCUGUGGUGAAAGGAAGCAUAAGACACUUGAUAAAAAUGAAUGAUUUUAUUGGUGGAUAAGGCUAAGCUGGUGCGCAGAAGGGCCUGUUUUAUCCGGGCUUUGCGUGCGAUGUGUAGUAUUAGCUACAGGACAGAUUUCCCCGCUGGACCGGCAGAUGCCCCCCACCCCACCCCCUAGAGCGCUGUGGAAACACCAUGUGUCACUGAAUCUGAGCUGGGAUAAGACGUCUGUCACACUGAGCUCUGAAUGGGAUCCGAAUCACUCUGGUGCACCAUACUUUAAAGACAUGACGGACUAUCCUCAUCAUCCGUCCUCUUAGGUUUUUUUCCGUGAAACACUGAUCCGAUUGGUCUGACGUGAAGAUUGAAUUUACAACAUGUAGAUCACAUGUAGAGUCCGUUCAUUCAGCCCGUCCACUCGCUUGUUUUGAGACUGAUGUGGGGACAGAUGUUGGUAUGUGAUACAGGCUGUUACCGUUUCAGUGUGAAUGAACUGGUCAGUAAUUACUCCAUGUGAUCUGCAGUCUGCAUUAGAGUAAAUACUUCCUCAUUAGACUUGGCUCUGGCCUGAUGAUGGAGAUGUUAUGUAAGACAUCCACAUAAAUUAAUAAUUUUCAGGCCUUUCACAGAGUCUGCUUCAUGGUAGUCGAGUUUGCAAAGUCGUUUGUUCCACUGCGCUGGUGUUUCAUUUAAAAUCAUCAUUAUAAUGAUCUUCCUUUAUUGCACAUGUGAGUUUAAACACUGACAUAGUGAUGGAUGGAAAUAUCAAUAGCAGCGUAAAACUGCAGAGAUCUACACUACCGAACCCACAACGUCCCUUUAAUGCUUUUAUUGAUGUUCUGUUUGUUGGUUUACAUAAUAUUCUGGUUCCCUCUUGCUGGAUGUUGGAGGAAAAUGUUAAUAUUGUUCAUCUCGUGUUUAACAUAAUUUCUCUGUUUUAUUACAGACUGCGCUGAGAAGACGAGGGAGCAGGGAAACAUUCAAAGACAAGAAGUCCACGAGUCAGGUGAGAAAAAAAACUUUUUCUAAUUAUUCCCUUUUUUCUGAGCUGAAAAACAUGCAAUCAUUAUUGUUUUUUUUUUAUUUUUUACUUUGUAAAGGCAUCAAACAAUAAGGGCCUGUUUCCACUAUGAGCAUUUUUUGUGCUUGCAAUGUCUUAACCCUUAAUUUCAGGAGACUUCUGAAAUUAGCCCAAUACUGAUCUAAUUAUAACACCAAAUUUAAAUAUCACAGUUAGUUUCACUCUUUAAUACUCCCCUUUAAUGUUAGUUAGCAGUGCGAUUAGGGCCUGUUUACACUAUGAGCAUUUUUGUGCUUGUAAUGUGUUUACCCUUAAUUUCAGUGAACUUCUGAAAUUAGCCUGGUUUAUCCUAACCUUAUUAUGACACUAAAUGUAAAUAUUACAGUUAGUGUCACUCUGUAAUACUCCCUUUUAAUGCUAGUUAGCAGUGCUUUUAGGGCCUGUUUCCACUAUGAGCAUUUUUUUGUAACAUAUUGCAACAUCUUCACUCUCAGUUUCAGAGUACUUCUUACUUGCACCUAAACCUGGUUGAUACAUGUGUGUUGGGGUAGUAUCUGCAAUACUAACCCUCAUCACUAGUUGGCAGUACAGUCACAGUUUCGUCUUGUUUUUGCGCAGGGAACCAUGGCAACUGAAUGUAAAUACAGUCAGUACAUUUACAUGCAUACUUUCGUCUUGCUGUGUUUAUAGCUGAAGUAGGCAAGUGAUGACUGUGAGAAGUUGGAUUUUAUGCAAUUGCAGUCAGACUGAUGUGUUUACAUGUAUUUUAAGAGAACAGUUUCAGUUGGACCAACUUGAUAAAUAGAUUUGUAAACAUAUUGAUUGAAAAUGAAGCAGAUCAUACCACAAUUGAGAAACAACCCCAAACUGGGGACAUUUUGGGGCAUAAGAUCCUGAGAAACAUUGAAGAGUGUUGGUUUUGAGUAAAAAUAAGGCUCUACAAGUGAUAAAAUGCUGUCAGUGGACACAGGCCCUUAUUUUUUCUGAUGCCAAGCAAAAACUAUGAAAUACUCAUCAACGAGCCACACCAUUAAACAAGGUUUUCUCACUCCUAUCAUUCUGCCAGGAGGACAGUGCAGACCUCAGGUGCCAGCUCCAGUUUUUGAAAGAGGAGUCCAGCCUGAUGAGAAAAAAGAUGGCGAAGCUGGGCCGUGAGAAGGAUGAAGUGGAGCAGGAGCUUCAAAAGUACAAGUCUGUGUAUGGGGAUGUGGAUAGUCCUCUUCCCCUGGCUGAGUGUGCCGGUGGAGGUCCUCACACCACACGUGAAGCUGAGCUGCGGUUACGGCUCAAACUGGUGGAAGAAGAGGCCAACAUCCUGGGCAGGAAGAUUGUGGAGCUGGAGGUGGAGAACCGCAGCCUGCGAGCAGAGAACGAGGACAUCCGCUGUCAGUACGAAAGAGACUGCUUCGGGAGGGAACCCUUCUCCAGCAUGCCCUCUUCGCCGUAUGGAGGUGACGCGCUAGAGUCGGCAAGUGAGCUUCGUCGUCAUCUUCAGUUUGUGGAGGAGGAGGCCGAGCUGCUGCGGCGCUCCAUCUCAGAGAUCGAGGACCACAACAGGCAGCUGACAUCUGAACUUAAUCGCUUCAAGUUCGGCCCCAGCAGCUCCGGGCCUGUUGGAGAGGAGGGGAGCGAGGGGGGAUUAUUCAAACCUGGGGGGAACGGUAACGGCUCCAGCAGCGGGAUGAUGAUGGAGGAGCUCAAAUCGGCCAGGCUGCAGAUCAACGAGCUGAGCGGGAAGGUGAUGAAGCUGCAGUACGAGAACAGAGUCCUCAUGUCUAAUGUGCAGCGCUGUGAUCUGGCCGCUCACCUGGGCCUGCGGACAGGAAGUCCUCGAGACAGUGACGCAGACAGCGAUGCAGGCAGGAGAGAAGCCGCUGAUGAAGAGGAAGCAGGGCGGCUUCUUCUUCUCCAGCCAAAGAGGGAGGGCCCAAUCGGGGGUGAGAGUGACUCUGAAGACCUGUUUGAGAAAACAACAACCACCUCAGGGUUCGGGAGCAUGAAACCGUCAGACGGCAGCGAGCUCAGCGCCACCGAGCUGGCCAACCGCAGGAGAGAGGAGCGGGAGUCCUUCACCAAUGUGAAACGUGAGGCGGAAAGGCUGGGGAAGACAGUGGACCGUCUGAUCACGGACACGGACAGUCUGAUCUUCGAGGGCAGGCUGCUGGUGACGACAGGCGAGAGUCUGGAGGGAGGGGCGGCAUCCGGAAGCAAACCGGACACCCAAGUCCUUGACACCAUCAACACUCGCAUGAAGGCUUUCCGCACCGAGCUGCACAUCUUCAUGGAGAAGCUGGACCACGUAGGAGAAGGGCUGAGAGAAAGGACAGACGAUCUGUCGCCAAUGCCAAACCUCACAGAGUCCAGCAGCUUCCUGUCCACGGUCACCUCCAUGUCCCGGGACUCUCCCAUCGGCACCUUUGGAAGAGACCUGGUGACUGACUUCCAGGUAGGUUCAAUGAAUCAACUCCUUGUUAAGUUUUCUACUCUUCCUAAAGAGGCGUUGGUGCAUUUCUACAUUCCCUCUUUGUAGCUGCUUUGUUCUUUUGCAAAAAGGUGAAAUUUCACUAACAAGGGCGAAGACCCGUCGGACGUGACGGGUCGAUACUUGAGAAUUUCUUCCAGCUUUUGUAAACAAGUCCAGCACAAGACCAUUUUAAAGCAUUCAAACUCAAGAGCAGAUCACCUAGAACAGAUCAGUUUAAGAUGAAAUCACAUUCGAAAGCUUCAGCAGUCGACAAAUUAGUUUACAAAGUUAUGUUAAGCAGAACAAAAUGAUGAAAACCCUCUGGUGUGCUUAAGUUGAUUUGAAUGGCCCUAGGUGUGCAGUCAUUAGUCGAACGUUAGAAGCCAAAAUAAACUAAAUGAGAUCCUAAAGUCAGCUCUGCGUGCUCAAACUCUGCUCUAAUUAAAGACAGAGGCAGAUUUGUACACCUUGAGCUGAACACAUGCCGUCCACAUCCUUUUCUGUCGAUGGGAAUCCAAUUAAGCUUUAAGGAUAGGUUCGGAUUUUUUCAAGUCCCUCUUUAUUCAAUAUUCACACACCCGUUUGUACUCACUGUGAUUUAUGGGUCACCGUAAUCUCUUCUCCUCUCCAUAAUGACAGCUUUGUGACUCUGCUGUAAGAAAUAAAGAGGAAAUUUACUUUGUGGUUGAUGCAGCCAGCAUUUUUUGACAAAGAAGGAGAACGCCUGAAUAAUAGACGAUCGCUCUUGUGUUAAUUUUACGCCUUGUUCUGUCGUAUAUUGGUCAUUAAAAGUCUGGCAAUGAAGUAAGAGGUCAGCGGUAAAUCAAAGCAGGGCUCUUCUGAGUUAAUUUGAGGGUUUUGUUGUGUGAAGUUUGCCAAAUUAAAUGGGAAUCUUUAGAGUCAUCAUAGAAAAAUCUCCCCUUUGUGUUCUCCUGUAAACUGUGUCUGUGCUCCACUGUCCAAAAGUCACAGAUGAACUUUCUGAAUUGGUGUUUUAUUCAUGUCAAAGUGGUUGUUUUGAUCAAGAAGGAACCACAAUUAAACACAAGUGUGGAUUCACAUCGCUAUCUCGUUUGAUGGGUUGCCAUGGUAGCCCAUUGGCAAUCAAGGGCUGCAAGGACAUGAAGCAAACUCUGCUUUAUGCUCUUUCAAGAGAUGCUGUCUGGAAAAGAAGAAGCACACACAUUGCAGGAAGAUGUUUAUCUGAGGGAAAUUCAACCGGUCAUUUUCAAUCUAGAUGACAUUUUUUGUGACUUUUUUAAUCUUCUCAUGCAAAGAAGAAUAACCCAGCCGUUAUGCAGAAAGGUACUUGAUGAUUUUCUUAGUGUGGACUGAUAAUCGGUUAAAUGGUUUGUGUCAUUCUGAUGUAUUUUCUCAUCCUUAGCAAUACUGAUAUCAAAAAUAGGGAUUUUCUCUUGUACUGAGCUUACAAAAAUACAUACAUGUGACUUUUUAAGCUUGCUUUGAAUGACAUAUCGCUGACUCUGUGCUCUUGUUUGUUAUUGACAAGUGAUUAAUCCCCUUAAACCAGCAGAUUUUUAGAGACCCGUUACAAUAGUACUAUACUAACAGUGCAUGACAAUACAAUACCAUACGAUAGGAUAGAAAACACUAGAGACUGUAUUAAAUCUGUAAGAAUGAAAGCAUACUGCACCAUAGGAUAGGAAACAAAGGGGUGGGUUAGGAAAGGAAAGCACACAAUAGAAUAUAAUUAUUAAAUAUUAUGAUAUCAUACAAAUUGAUUUAUUACAGAAACCAGAUAUGCUGGACACAAACCAGAUAUGCUAGACGAUACAGUAUAAUAGGAUGUGGUACAAUAUGACAUUGUAGAAUAAAUGUUCUUGUCCUCUUAGAUAACCUUUUCUCUGACCUGAUUGUAAAAUACAUUUAGCUGCGUCCACAGAAGUUUAACUAUUCAAUCCUUGGAUUCACAGGAAUCCUACACAAAUUAUAUUGUUAAUUAAAAUUAAUACAAGAUGACACUAUGUGAUACAAAAUGAUCUAAUACAACAUGAGAAGAUAUAAGAUGUCUUAGAUUUCUUUAGGUGAUAAUAUGAUAAAACUAGAUUUUGUGUAUGAUAUAAUUUUAAAACAGUACAAGUUGAUUUUGUACUAUAAGGUACAGAGGAUUUUAUUAACCCCUAUAGGUAAAAUUGAUUUUAUUAACCCCUUUACUAUAAGGGUUAAUAAAAUCAAUUUUACCUGUAGGGCCUAUAAGUAAUAUUGUCUCGAAGUAGAUUGUUAAAAACUUUAAGCUGUCUUCAAAUAAGUUUGGAUAAAUUUGGAUGUUUAAUCCCUGCAGUUAGUCAUCAACUACAGAUGAUAAUUAAAAAACAGGUAAUGCUUGAGGAGCUGCUACAAUAACAUAGCAUGCUAUACAUGAUGAUACACUACAAUACAUUGUGACAUGGUACAAUAUGUUCAGAUACAAUACCAUACGAUACAAUAAAAUACAAUACAAUAGAACAAACUAUGAUACUGUACCAAAUGAUACGAUACAAUACAAUAUGAUACAAUACGAUAAAAUAUACGAUACAAUGUGUUCAGAUACAAUACCAUAUGAUACAGUAAAAUACAAUACAAUAGACUAUGAUACAACACCAAACGAGACGAUACAAUACAAUAUGAUACGAUUUAAUACAAUAUGAUACAAUACAAUACAAUAUGGUACGAUAAAAUACAAUAUGAUACGAUACAAUAGGAUACGAUACAAUACGUACAAUACACAAGACACAAUAUGUUAUGUAUCACUACAUAACAGGACAUGACACAAAUCUGAUAUGAUAAGUCCACAUUUUUUUAAACUUUAUAUCACAUUACAGGAAAGAAAGUCUUGAGCUGCACACAUUAAGAUACCUCAACAAGAAAUAUUAACACAUUUUAAUAAUAUUUAAUCUCCACAAUUAUGUGCAUCUCUGUUGUUCUCUGAUCUUGGUUUUUAAGCUGAGUGAUGGGUAUGUGUAUUCAUAUCACUCCAACCUUAGGCUUUCAUUUUUGUGUAUAAGUGCUUCUGCGAUACUGUUUCCUUUACUGUGAAGCAGGAACUGAAUUGAAAGAACAGGAUCCCUGACCAGAGCUUAGACACUGAUUAUUAGACUUGAAAAAAUCCGAACCGAUCAUUUAAAGCUUUAGAUUUUGAGAGGCAAACGUUUGCCAGUGACACGAGCAACCCAGCUCUACCAACAACACCCCAUCCCCGAUCCAUCUCCACCACCAUUGCUUCUGCUGCAGCCGCAUAAACAUCUGCAUCUCCAUGCACAUCCUCAUAGCCAGCAGCCCUGCCUGCCUCCUUUUCCCUGCACUCACUGUCUGCAGCCACCGCCCUGCUUCCAGUCAGCCAGGGCCAAGAGAGGGUGCUUAGACGGGUGCUUGGUGUGAAUGGAGUAAGUACCAAAGAAGUUGUGGCAGCUUCUUCCAUUUGGCUCUAUUCAAAGCUUUCCCUGACACAGUGAACUCUUGCAUGAUGAAGUUCAGUGAAUACUUUCCUCUCCGUAGCUUUGCUACACCACGCUAUCAUUGGUAUGACUCAUAAUGACCCAUAAAUGGUGUAGCUAUUAUGUUUGCACAACAUAUCAUCGCACACACACAGACGCAGACACACAUGGGAUUGGUACUCUAGUGUUGCCAAGGAGAUGAACUAUAAAAAUGUGUGUGCACUGUCAAAAAUAACCUCUGUUGGAUAAAAAAGAAGAGUAUAAACCAGAGUUGCAUGGCGCUGUGUGGAAGAACCUCGCUGGCUGGCUUCCUGCUUUUUGUUCUUGUUUUAUUGCAGCUCAGUCAACAUGUCAACAUCCUGUGUAUUCUCCCAAAGCAGGUUCAUUAUCUGUGCUCUGCAUGAUCCAGCAGACAUCAUGGUUGUCUUCUCCAAUCAGCCGGACUGUCAAACUGAAUAGAACAAACCGCUGCUCAAACAUCUCCCCCUUAAUCUGCUUUGUAGAGAUAAUAGACUGAAGCUACCUCCAUGUUCAUUCCUUUCAGUCCAGUGACUUGUUUCUGCUCCAGUCUGCCGCUUGAAGAGCUUGCUGCUUAGUCUGGGGGAUGCUGGGUGGUUUUAGAGAGAGAACUAACAACUCUAACCUGAUCAAAAAAGCACUUUUGCUCCUUUAGAGGAUGCCUAAGGUGGUCAAACUUGGACAAACACUUAACGUAUCAGUAGCCCCAGUUUCAAGAAAAAAAGAAAAACAUAGUUUGAAGGUUUGCAAAAGAUUUCAGCUCUUUAUUUAACUGAAAAUGGUGCAAAGAAAACACAUCCAAUGCUCAAACUGAAAUAUUCAGAUUUUUCUUGUUUUGGAUUUGAUUUUAGAAAUGUGAGGAUGAGAGCAUGUUUACUUCUGUGUUGCUUCACGUCUCCUUUUAACAACCCUCUGUAAAAGUUUUGGGAGCGAGGAGGAGACCUGUUUCCGGAGUUUUGAAAAUGAGACCCAUUUUUCCCUGAUAUAGAAUUUCUGCUGCUGCCAUAUUUUUGGUUUCAUAAUGCGCCCAAUGUUUCCAUCGGGGGAAAGUCAGGACUGCAAGCUGGCCACUUCAUCACCCAGACUGCUGUGAUACAGAGCCACGCUGUGCAAUAUAUGUGCAGAAUAUGGAUCGGUGUUGAUCUUGCUGAAAUAUGAAGGUCUUCUCUGAAAGGACUUGGUCUGGAUGGCAGCAUAUGUUGCAUGUAAAUUUUGCUCAGCAAUAAUGGAGCCUUCCUGGGUGUGCAAGCAACCCAUGCCGUGAGCACUUCUGCAUUCAUAUAUUAUCAUAGAGGCAGACUUUUGAAGCAAUGAAGACAGCAUCCAAGAUCUCCAAAAAGAAAUGUAGAGACUCAGACCACAACAGUUUUCCUCCGGUCAUCUGGAAUGUGCCAAAGUUAACGACAUGUUUGGUUUCUUCUUUGCAUGUUACAGUUCAGAUAAAUUGUGCGCAGAGAAAAUUGAUUUUUUAAGUGGAUGUGGUGAUUUCCAGUACUUUUCAGUUUUGCCUCUUUUUUGCAGAAUUUCUUUUUACAUCAUUUUUUGCUGUAGUUGAUAGAAUAUCCACAUUUUGUAUUCCCAUCUUAACUUAUUGUAAAUUUACUGUAGGCAUCAAAUAUUGAAUGAAUAAUUAUUCUUCACAACAUAUUCAAAAUGUUUAUUUUUGAACAUUUUAAGUGUCGUCUUUGCACUAUUUUCGGUAAUACAUAAAAUGUUUGAAUGAGUUGCAAACCAUCAAAUUUUGUUUUGAUCAAAAAUUUUCCAACUUUUUUGGAAUUGUGGUUUUAUUAUUAAACAAUUUAAAAAUGGGUAUUCACCAUAGCUUACAAUGAUGAUUCAAAUUCAGUUUAUUCAUUAAACUAUUUAUUAUUUAUUAUUAUAAAAUCUUGUCAAUGUAUUAUGUCGAUCUGAUAAAUAUUUCAUUUUCAAUUUAUUAUUUUUUUAAAUAACUUCUUAAUAGCUCGUAAUCAUGACACUAACUCAAAUUUCUGUCACUUUUAUUAGAAAUUGGUGUAUAAAUGUAGAUAUAAAAGACAUUAUUUUUGCAUAAACAGAAGCAGUAAAUCCUAAAAUAAGUAAAUAUGUUCAAGAAAUAAGUUAAAGGUCAAGUGACGGAUUUAUUAAGUGCUGAAUUCGCUGUCAUAUCAUCUCUUAUCACAUUAAAAUGACACGCACAGAAUAAAAAACAGGAGGAUCUUGAAAACUAGAAUAAUGAAAAUUAGUUCUAGAAGUUGUUUUAACGUUUUCUUUGAGUGAGGACUUUUUCACAUUUUAAAAACGAGGCAAACAAUAAGUGCUCAUUAUGUCACGAAUGUGUCAGAUUCACUUUAUUUUAACUGUUGUAUAAAUAGAAAUGCAACAGUGCAGUUGUAUUCUUACAGAAAUGUAUUGGACGACUUUAGUCAGAGGUAUAUAUCCGCACACUCAAGUCAUGCAAAAUAGAAAAAGGUCUUUUCUAGUGUUUAUUUAAAGUAACUUGAAUAAACUGCAGCUGUUGUUUGAAGACGAUAAUGGUAUAAUGAGCAGAAGACGCUCCAAUCCUAAAGGUGUAGAAGUCUUCCCUCUGUUUCUGUAGGUGUGUUUUUUGGCACAUUAGAAUAACCUUUCCGCAACUGGCAAAGAGAAACCUGACUUGUGUGAACACGAGGGCACGGCUACAUCACAGGGGGAAACUAGCAGUGUUUUAAAAAUGCUGUAAUGUGUGAAACAACAACAACAACAACAGCGGUGUGCAUCGUACAGCCUUCGCUAACUGCUCCUCCUCCAACACUCAGGGCUGUGCACAGGCAUGUGUUUUAAACCUUUAGCGUGCUAGCUCUCGCUCUGCAGUUUGCCGUGGUAUCUCUCAGCUGUUGGUUUGGACUCAUGUAUCCCUCAUUGCAUGCGCUUCAUAACAAGUGUUUUGCAUUCUUUUCCCCCCCGACUCCCUCUCUUUGUUCCUCUUUGUGUUCCCGCCAGAUGUUUCAGCCCAUGAUUUUGUUCAUCCUCAUUCUCGUUCUCUUCUCAUCUCUCUCAUACGCCGUCACCUUUAAGUUGGUCUUUCUCUUUGCGCUUUUCUUCGUACUCUAGUCCGUUUGUUCUUCUCCUCACCGUGUAGUCUGUUAGUUAAUUUUCCCCCCUCUGCUUAUAUUCUUUACCCAUUUUCUGUUUUUUUCGUUUGUUUCCCCGCCCGCUUUCUUCCCUCAUCCCCUCACCCCGUUUGUUGUCUUCUGUCUGUUUUGUCCACGAUCCACCUCACACAUCUCCUCCUCCCCUCGACACCACCACCACCACCACCACUACCUGCACCCCUGUAUCCCGCACCUGUCGCCCCACUCCCCCUUCAACCCUCACAUCCACCUCCCCUUUCCCCUUCCCCUUUCCCACCCCACGUCACUCACAGUCCGGUCAGAGGGAUGAGCUGGAGUGGCGUCUAGGACAGGAGCGAGGCGUGGAUCCCCAGAGCCAGAGCCAGGGUGGGGGCCAGGCCCAGAGCAGGGGAGCCCCGGGACUCACUAGGUACCACAGGCCCCUGGCUUUAAGAGCAGAGGUCAGUGCCUCCUCCCUCCCUCCUCCAUCUCCCUUCAACCUGUGGGACUGAGUUGACACUGGCUCAACCACCAGCCCCGUACGCGGGCCUUCUGUCGAUCUGGACUCGACUUUCUAAUCCUUUAAAUUGAUUGAAAGACUAAUCUGGGUCAUGUCUUUUACGUAAAGCGGCUAGUCCAUUUUUUUCUCAUUGUUAGCUGCUGUGAGCUCUGCGGACGCUUCAAAACCACCCAAAGCAUGUCUCAAUACUGCACGGUUCUUCCUCUAGAGUCAACAUAUGAUUGGAUAUUCAUGCUUCUGCAAAAAGUGCAAUCUGAAACGUGACUGAUGAGGGUCAUUGUUAGGAAAUAAACAUGUUUUGGGUGUGUCUCUGGUUUGUUUUUGGAGCGUCUGUCAGCAGCAGCAGCAGCAGCAUACAAUGACAAAAAGCACAGAGACUUUUCCUCAGGAUGAUUUAGGAUGAUGAGUUAAACUCCACAGUUUAAAUGCUAAAGACUAAGUUUAGUAAAGUCAGCGUAUCUGUAUCUACUCACUUCUGUAAACCAUGGGUAAACCAGUCUCCUCAUAAGUAGACGAUUGAUUUUAAAUCAUAUGGGAUCCAAAUUUCUAAACUUGUUUCCGUGCCACUCAGUCCAGCAUGUCUAGUGACACUCCAGCCACGGUCAUUUUUUGAUGCUCGACACGAUUUCACUUCAUUCACUCACUCUACUUUCACACUGAAUAUCUCACUCCUACAGCCACUGAUCUUUAUUUCUUUUUUUGUUGUUUUUUUUUUCAACAUUUGUUUUUGCUUUUAAAGUUCUUGCCAUGCACCCCCGGACAUUUUUGUGAUUGAUUUCCUCCUUUUGAAGAAGUAGAAAGUAGAUCAUAAACCCUUAAGAAGAGUUUUGAAAGUUUAUCUCUUUUAUUGCAUCAUACCUCUUUGAAUUUAUGAAUCUGCUAGUCGUCGGGUUGUUGCCCUGUAAAUCUCUGUGAUGGAGCGGCCAUGCACAGCUGCAGAGUAUCGACUCGUUGGGCGCAUGUACGCACUGAGUGUAUCACGGCUGAGUCUGCACACAGUGCACUCUGCAGCGAUGCCCUCUGGCUCCGGUUCAUCACUGCCGGCUGCACUGUCAUGACUCGGCUCAGCAAGUUAAAUGCAUGUGAGAGUGCAGCUUACGCAAAAGUGAGUGUCACAAUACACUUUGAACGCCCCCUGACACACACUCACACACACACACACACACACACACACACUGAGGGAAUCAAAGAGCGCAAUCAAAGAGGCAAGUGGUAACAUUACGGCACAAGCCCAGAUCUGUUAAAUCCUGCAAUGACUCGGCGGUAUAAUGGCAGGACACUGAUUCAUAAUCGCUGCCUCAUGCUUGUGUUCGUAGAGAGGUUGUUAUGUAAUGCAAAGCACUGGCAGCACUGAUGUGACACAUUACUAUUACAGUUACAGUUAUGGCACAUUCAUGUGGAUCUCUUUGUGUCCCCGCGCUCUCUGCUGCAGCCGCAGUCUAAUCUGAGAGAGGGAAUGAAUGAAUGGGGAAAGCAGCUUGGAUAUGGCAGGAUUAGCGCUGCACUGAAGGCCUGGGUGAUUUGCAUUUGACAUUGGGCUGACAGGGAGGUGAUCCAGGGUCCGGUACACACUGAACAGCUCAACUUACUGUUGGAGUGUGCAUCCUGCACAGCGGAUAGAGGACAGAAAUCGCCUUAAAAACUGCUGCAAUUUCAAAAUUGUCAGAAUCUGCACCGCGAGUUCUUUCACGCGGACGGAGAGAGACGUGUGCAGCAGGCGAGUCUGAGGAGAAUCAUUACAUUCAGAACCAUGAACAUUAGCAUCCCAUCUCCCUUUGAGCAUUUUUCCACCUAAAAUAAGUCAGAGUCACAUGAAUUCAGUUCCUAAUGCACUAUUUAGCAUGUACAGUUUGUAAGUCAGAUACUUUUAGUCAUGAUAGUUUUAUGAUGGAAACUACAGUUUAGAUCAAACUUAGAUUUUUGAAUGAACUCAGUGAGCUCAUCGGAUGUUUUUGUUAAUGACGUGUAGCUCCAAAAAAAGAAAACAGUCACUCUCCCAGGCUGUUUCCAAAAUCACUAACUUCCCACGCUCUACCUCAAACUACUGAGUUCUAUGUCGUGGGCUGUAGUGAGCUGAAAAAUGAGCACAAUCUUAAAAAAAACACCUUUAAGACACGGUUUGCCAUCUUACUGUAUAUCAAAUGUAUAAUAACUAAUCUACAAUGAUGUUAGGACACUGUUUUAAUGUUGAUAGAAACAGAUUUUGACUAUUUGAAUUUUGUGCAAAUAAUGUGACUGAAAAAUUGAAAAACUAAAAAAUGGGAUUAGUGGCACCAGAAAAAAAGAAUUAAAGUAAAUUUCUUUUUAUCUCUGACUAUCUUCAUCUUUCCUCAAAAUUUUGACAUGACUCUGUGCUCCUUUAAAUUAUCAUAACUCCCUGAGAAGUUGCAGAAUAAGUUAUUUUGGGUUUCUAUUUGUGUGAAAAUUGAUUCAUUUUGAAGAUUUUGAGUGAAUUUUUGGUGUUCUGUGAGAACAGAAGAGAGCAAACACAUCAAGAGGAAUCAUCUCAUACAUAAAUCCCUGUUAUUUUCUCUGACAGCUGAAAACAACUCGAGAGAGAGGGACAAACAGAAUGAUAGUGAGCUUUCAAUAUGUGAUGAAAUGCUUUCAAAGUGCUGGUGUAAAGUGACUGUGCACUGUGCUGUUGUGGGUUCAGCUCCGGGACACGCCUGCUGCUGACAUCCAGUUUCGUCUGGAUCAUGAACGAAGGCUACGAGCGGGGACAGAGGAGCGGGAGGCUGUCGUCUCUCUGCCUCAGGUACAAACACACAGUCAGUCACGCCAUGACUCAAAUAUUUUGAACACGAGCAGUAGGACACGGAGAGCGCUCUGCUGAAGUCUGGACAGGGUUUUAAUAAACUUCCAGAGGAGAGUUUGAGAUGUUUUAUGGUUUUUAUGAAGCAGAUUUGAUUCAAAACCUUCCAGACUUAAAAAAUUCAAAUCUAUUUUAGACCCUAAAUGAGACAGUGGUCAUAUUAUAAAGAUUAAAUCACACCUAGGCUUGAAAAAUAAUCCAAAUAAGGUCAUUGUAGUGCAAGAAAAUAGUGUUUUAAACUGCCUGAAAUUAAAUCAGAUGCUUCAGGAUGACCAACAAAGAUUUUUUAAUCAAGAAAAAAAACUAUUCAAGGACAUAAUCAGCAAAAGUUACUGAUCAUAUCGGACACAAACGGACAAAAAGUGCCCUACAGCAGCAGAGGCUCUUCUGCAUUUUAAGUAUAAAUGAACAUAAAUCAGCAUUAAAAUUAGAUCAUUAAGAGCAAAAAAAGCACAAAAAAGUGUUUAUUGCUUGUUUUGUAAUUGCAAACAAGCUCUUAUUUUCCAAUUGUACAAAGAUUGAGCUAAUUCACUGAUGAUUAAUGGUUAAAAAAAAAGGAAAUUUGUGUAUCUAAUCUUCUUUUUGCAAAUAUAAUGUGUUUUUUGGACCAAUUUAUGGAGAAAGUUUUUAAAAAGUUGUGAAUUUGUAAAAAAAUUAAGAUAAAUUUGUUCAUCUACAGUAACUAUUUCUCAGUUUGGGACUUAUUACUUGCCAACUAUAAUAUUCUGAUCAGAUAUUUGGAGUCAGAAUUUUUCAUUGUCUUUGCACUCCAUCUGUCUUCUCGCUGAUUCGCUCCUGCAGCAGGAUGAUGAGCGUUUGCGUCAGGAGGCCCAGCGCGGUGGUCUGGAGCUGCAGGGGCUUCAGAGCCACGAUGUUCCCUGGACUCAGGAGAGAGCCAUGCUGCAGCAAGAGGUCCGCCUCUUCAGACGCAACACCAUCAUCUUCUACAUGAAGCUCAGGUCCAUCCUUAUGCACUGGAGGCUGGAGCGCAGGGACGAGUCCAUGGAGGAGGCGGGGCAACCGGAGGUGAGGGCGACAGUACACAUGACAUGGCAUGAGUGGUGCACAUAGAAGUGAGUCAAGCUAAGUUCCUGCCAGUUAUUGAGGGACCCUGUCUGCUAUCCAGCGUCUUUAUUUCGUGCUCAGUGCUCCACAUUUUCUUUUCCCCCUCUAUGACUCCUUAUUGAUCAAGUUAAAAAGUAGGAUUUUAAUGUUUUCUGAUUUUAUUUUAUUAAACAUACUCAUGGGAGCCCCUCUCAGACACAGCUCUCCUUUCAGCUUCUCCUUUCUAUACAAAAAGUCCCUCGUCGUCUUCACAGUAAUACCCAUAGUUUUCCUAAAUCUCAAGUCGGACAUUGUUUAUGCAGAUCAUCUGUGUUUCAAAUGAAUCUCUUAUUCAUACAGCGCCUCAUAGCGAAUAGUAAAUUGGCCCUGCAGAUGGUGCAGCGGAGAGGAGCCCAGGUGGAUUUUACCGAAUGUUUAUCACACGCCCUUGACUUGACACAGAGUCCAAACAGAAUAUUUUCUCAUUUUCUCGAGUCAAUUUAUCUCCAAAGCCCUUUAUUACGGUGGCAGUUUAGCUCUGUGGCGCUCACAUGGUGAAUAAGUAGAAAAAAUUUGGCCUCUUGAUUUAAUAAAUCAGAUGGAGGAACGCAGUGGCAGAGUUUUGUAUCGUACUUUUGUAUCGUACAGAUUUGAUGCUUUAUCCUAAUUACAAAGAGCAUAAAACAUGACUUUCAAUUUAAACGCAGAAUAUAUUUAGUAAGUCAAGUAAUACAAUACUCUUUCAUUCUCAGCGUGAUAAAACAUAAUUGUUUGUGUUCUCUGUUUUUGGAGUGAGCCGCUCAUUAAAUCUAGUAAAUCUUUGGCUUUGUCUCUCCUGCUGUAGAGAUCAAAGAUAUAUUGGCUGUUUUCCCAGGAGGACUGUCUCACAAAUCUAUACUCCAGAGCGCACGUCUUAUCUUUCUCGCAGAGAGGGCAGCACACUGCACUUCUGUACAAGUCACAGUUAUAUCUCUUAAAGCUCUCACCUGCUGUGUGACUCACAAUGAUUUGUGAUAAAACCUCAGCUUGCAGACAGGAUCAUUAUACACGUUAUAGUAAAAACAGUUAACUUAAAGCUCCGGUGGGGAGUUUUUUAAUGUCACUGAAAUUCAUAUUGAAGCCUUUUUAUGAUAUUUGAAAGCAAAUAAGAUGAUCAGCUACAAGAUUAAAAAUUCCUAUAUUUUCAUUUUUUAUGUCUAAAACUGGUCAGAGGGGGUAGACGUCAGCCGAGCAGCUAAAGAAACAGCUUGUUUUUGCUAAUUCCACAUUGAAUAUUCACAACAAAUCGUACGUUUAACUGUCAAAAGUUAGCAAGAUGAGAUUUUCAUCAUAACAUUAUAUAAAUGUCAACAUUAGCAAAGACUUUUUUGUCCAGAGGGGGCACCAAAUUCAACACAAACUGAAACUUUCUCACUGGAGCUUUAAUCUAAUCAUUUUACAAACUUUUCUCAUUCUUCCUCUCUCUGCAGAAUUUUACCUUAUGUCAGAUAAUCAAGUCAAGUUUAUUUUAGAAAGUAAUAGCAAAACAAAAUGCUGCACAGCACUGAAACUAGCAAUACAUAAGAAGCAAAGUAAUUACAAGAAACAAGAGACAAAAACAGUCCACCCAAUACAGGAAACAAAGAAGGCUGCUCUGCGGGUGUAGGGCGUUGGUUUCAAAGCUCAUCACUCUAAGGCUUCUGAUUUGAUCAAGGGAUAGCAGAGCUAUCAUUCAUUGGAUGAUCUAAGGAGCAUCAAUAUGGCACUAAAGCUGGAGAGGUCAGUUAAGAGGGAGAGGGCCAGGCCAUUCAAGGAUUUAAACACUUAUAAUGCAGCCUUAAAACCAAUCCUUUAGCGAGUUAGGAGCCAUUAGAGAGAGUCUGGUGUGGUCCAAGUCUAAUCCGUAUUCUUGGAACUAGUCUGAAAACCUGGCUGCUGUGUUUUGGAUCAGCUUCAGGUGAGAAAGGAGCGACUGGCUGGUUCUAGUGUUCAGGGUGUUACAGUAAGAGAUGAGAGUAUAAGAAGAAUUCAUCAAAUCAUUGAGUGAGAGGAUGGUUUUAAUGUUAUCAUGGUCCCAAACUAAACAGGAUUUCUGUGCUGCUGUUACCUUAGAGUCAAAUGAAAAGAAGUGUCCAGAUGGGGCGGAUAGGCAACCUAAGUUGUUGGAGAUUUUGCAGCUAUUUAGUUUUAGAGAAUUAUGAGCCAUCCAGUUAUUUAUAUCCUCAUGGUAAUCUCAGAGAGAGGCGUGAUCAUGCGCCUGCGUUUUUGACCUAAAGGAAGAGUGUAGACUGAGAAAAGAAUGGGACCGAGAAUGGAGCCCUGCGGUACUCCACAGGUGUCUGCGGCAUCCUAAAACAGGAAACUAGUAAAGCAUUUUUGCAUUUCAAGUUCCUUCAUCUUCAUGUUUGAGGGUUUUAAACUGGAAUAUACUUCACACGAGUUUAGAAAUUUUCACACUUAAAGGGAUAUUCUGGUGUAAAAUUAAGUUAGGGUCAAAGACACCGUAACACCGAGUUAGACACCCCGUUGAGAGAUGAAUGUUGCCGACCACUUGCUUCUCUAGUUAUACCAACUUCAGUAACAACCGCAGGAUAGAAAUACACAGCGGUCUCAAGAGCCAUGAACAAACCUCAACCAAAACGCCACAAAUAAUGCUCAGAACAGCACCUAACUUCAUCAAAAGAACAUAUAGGGUCCUAGCCAUAGUACGAGCCACCAAACAUCUUUUUAACUUUGCCUGAUUUCUUUAGCAAAGAGACUAAACACAACUCACCUACUCUCUUCCAGCAGCUGCUUGUUUGUAGCAAGACCUCAGGCCAGUCCAUUACAGACUACAGCAGGGUGACACAGCUCAAGGAAGAACAUUUAUUGUUGGUAUAAUUAGAGAAGCAAUAUCGAAAGGUUGGUGUUAUAAAAAAUAGUAAAAAUGCUGAUUGGUGUAUCUCUACUAUGAGUGAGUAAAGAGGUGACUAUGACGAGUAAUGUAAAAGUGUUGAUAGCUGCACCCGCUAAAGGAAAACCAGAGGACUGAGGCUCAUUCUGUAUUUAUCUCUGCCUUGUACCAAAUGCAUGCUGGGAAAGGCUCAGCAACAUUGAGCCAGAAACAGAAUGUGUUAGUACUGAAAAAAAAAAAAACAACAACAAGUGCAUGAAUUAAAACACAGGCCCCUCAUGGCUCUGUCAUCUGUUCCAGUUUGAGAAGUUGGAGGGCAUCCCAGAGCUGGGAGUGAUAACGGAGCAGGCGGAGGGGGAGUCGGAUCGAGACGACAGACUGUGUUUACCUCAAACUCCAGGGGACGUCCGCGACACAGGGCCCUUCAUCCCUCUGCCGUCACCUGACCGGCACCUGCAGCACCAAAGACAGGUACUGACAUGUUUACCAAACAGCCAAAUAAUGCACAAAAAAACCCCUCUGCACGUACAAUCUGUUGCUGCUGCAAACUCUGCUCACGCUGCGAUGGUUAAAGCUUAAUUGCAACAGCAGAACAUCGUAUUUGGCAUUUCAGCUCAAGCCUCAUCGCUCCCUGCAGAAUAUUAAAGGUUGAGCACAGGGCUGGUGCAGACACGGAAAAUCUUGCAGCUUAAAGGUGCAUUGUGUAGUAGUUUGUGGCAUUUAGCAGAAAUGUGAUAUAACAAACCAAAUCUCUAAUAAUACAACUUCACUCAAACAAAUACACAUUUACUUGGGAACACACAAACUUGGGGGGACAGAGCCUUCUCCGUUGCCGCCCCCACCCUCUGGAAUUUACUCCCCAAAACCCAUCCGAGACUGUGCAGACCCCCACACUUUUAAAUCACUCUUAAAAACACACCUUUUUAAAUUGGCUUUUAACCUGUGAACUGUUCUGUAAUUGUUUUCUUAUAUCGUGUCUUUUUUAACCUUUUACAUCAUUGGUUUUUUCUGUGAUUUAAAUUGUUUUUUCAUUUUAUUUUCUUCUUUUUCUUUGCCAGGCGUCUUUGAGCACCUGUAAAAGUGCGUUAAAAAUAAGAUUUUUUAUUAUUAUUAUUGUUACUGAGCAGUUUGUGAAGUGCUCAGGACAUGUAUUUGUAGUAGCUUUUAUAAACUGGUGUAGUGACAGAGUUUGGACCUCAAACGGGCCGGUUAUUUUUGUUUUCCUUCAAUGUCAUUGUGUGCAAAUGAAUGUCUGGCAGCCGUUCUUUAGAGCCGCGCUGGCAUGGUACGCUGAUGAGAAUUUUGGCCUAGAUAACCACUUAGAGGUGGUAAUUAUUUUGAGUACACCCAGUUUUGGGUUCACUGUUCCAACAGUAACAUGGACACUAAGUUUGAUGCAGAGAGGAGGUUUUACUCUGACAUGGCGUGAGUUGUUGUCUCUACGUCCGUUCACCACCUCUACCUCUGUGAGGCCAAAGAAAGCAUUCGGGGUCGGAUGCAUUAUUAAGCAGCUGAAAGAGCUCCGCUUUGCCCUGUGUUUUUUAUUUCUCCUCUGCACCCUGAAAAAUAGCCGGUACAGUGAUCUCAUGUCGUCUUUUUACUCCGUGAGCAGUGUUCCAGUUUUAACAAGCUCGUCCUGUAUGACUAUAUUAAGCUUUAUGGAGGAGAGCAGAGAUGCAGACUUGCUUUAGUAAGCACUCCCGCACACAUGGCUACUACAGCAGAUGAUAUAUCCUCCAGCUGGGGGUGAGAUAAUAGUAUGUUAAUUUGGGGAAACGUCAGUUGGAGUUUUUAGCUCAGACUCGGACAUAAUUUAAGCAGUUUGGCAGCUUGAAUACGGAGAAAUCCUGAUUCAUCCCCUCGGGUGCUGCCCAAUGUCUGAUACCGUUUAAGAGCUUAAGUUUAUUUAAAUACUGUAAAUACUGUAAAUGAGAUGAUGCCUACUUGUAAGCUUUCAUCUCAUUAAGUGCAGGAAGCUCUUAUCAGUUCACUUAAAGGUACGUGACAACUAACGUAGCUCAUGAGUGUUUACUUCGUAUAACUGUUCUUAAAUCAGCUUCAGAUACCUGGAACAGAACCUUUAAUGAUAGCACAGUUGCAUCAGUGUUACACCUGAACUUUGACCUUUCUGCGCCACUGCCAAGACGAGGUGAUUGUCGUCCUGGAUGUCUGAGUCCUGCCCCUAAUAUUUUCAAAGGAUAGAUAACAACAAGUGUUAUCCCAAGACUCUUAAUUAGAAAAAGAUGGACUCUAUCUCCAAAAACCCCAUCUCCUAAGAUCUGACCCACUCCCAUCCCAUCUUGUGCAGCCUUUCAUGAGUUACAGUGGAGAGGAAAAACUUCCUUUAACAGGCAGAAAUCUCGAGCAAGACCAGACUCAUGUUUGACGGUCAUCUGCUGCUUCUGCUCUGGGUUUAGAGAGGGUAUAGAGGGAGACACAGAAAGAGAGGAAUGCUCAGAGACUCCCUGAAAAUCACUGAUCAGAGAUCCAGAUCCAGGCCAGAGGUUUACUGGUUCAUCAGCUGAUGGUAAUGUGCUGAGGCUGGGAGGCUGAGCUCUCCUGUUCAGGUGGAUUUUGCUCCUCAGGAGGCCAAUCAUCAAUCUCCUAUCUGAUCUUUGUUGAGUUUCAGAUGUCAGAUCAGGUAUUUGGAUAAAGCCUCAAGUGGACAUAUGACGAACUGCAGUUUUUAGCGCCGGGACAUGUCUAAGGUUAUGUUUGUCGGGGUGGCAGGAGCUCAGGAGGUACAGCGGUCGUCCAAUAACCGGAAGGUUGGCGAUUUGAUUCCCCCCUAUCCCUAGUCUGUCCGUUCUGUCCUUGGGCAAGACACUUAACCCACCUUGCUCCCAGUGUGCGUCCUCCACUGGUGUAUGAUUGUGAGUGUUGUGUGGUGGUGAUUGGAGAGGCUGUGGGCGCAAACUGGCAGCCACGUUUCCGUCAGUCUGCCUCAGGUCAGCUGUGACUACUGAGGUAGUUUACCACCACCAAGGUGUGACUGUGUAAAGCACUUUGAGGGUCUCUGAUAAAGUGCUAUAUGAAAUCUGUUGCACUAUUAUUAUUAUUAUUUGUAAUAACCUGUCAAGAUAGGGUGUUGUCUGUGACAUUUUAAACCACUGUUGGUGCUGUUGAGCUUUUCCGAGGUGUGAUUUGUCAGUAGGAUAGAAAACAUCGCUGACAGGUUGGAUUUUCCCUGUCAAGUGAGUGGAAAUGAAAGUAGUCAGGCUCUUUCAGCUCUUUCAGCCUUUUUUCUGUACUUCACUGUCAUGUAAGAGCUUAGUGUCUUUGCGCCUGCUAGCAACAAAGAUUUGCUAAAAAUAUCUUAAUUUAAAUAGGAUAUAAAUAUUCAGCCUAAAAGAUACACAAAUGUGCAUUUCAGUGCUAAACACCCUUUGGAAAUCUAACUCCUACUUUUUAAGGAGAGUCCACAGGGUCUCUUUAACUUAUCAUCUGCUAAUUAGCCUGUAAACUAGCUAGCCAUCACGCUACAAUUUGGUAGCUAGCAGGCUUGCAUUUCUUUUCUAAAAUCAGCUCUUGUCUUGGGAAUUUUCCAGGCUUUUCAACUUCAAGUUUAUGUUUAUCCAUGAAGUGAAUCCAUCAAGUAAAGAAACAGUGAUUCUUGGGUGUUUAAUGCACAGACAUAAAAGCACUUUUUUGCAGUGUAGUGGCCUUUUAGCACCUGGUAUCUUAUAAUAUUGUGUUCCCGGCUGAGCUGUAGUGAUACCUCAAGGUGAUGUUUUACUCACAGACUCCUUUGUGCUUCACCACCUCCCGCCAAGACCUGCAGACUCUCUAAAACAGGACCUCCAGAGGCACACAGCUCUGCACACACCUCUCUGAGCAGAGGAGUCAGGAAAAACAUGCUGUGACCCUGUGCACGUCUCAAGCCGGAGGCGCUUCUGAACACGAAUACACACCGUCUACAAUUUCUCAAAUCCCUGCGCUUCAUACUCGACUAAAAUAAAUCAGCAUGUUAGAUGCCCAACAGGUUUUUUGUUGUAGCUCUAAUUACUGCGCUACUCUCGAGGGAUUUCUUUGUAAUAUCCACCGAUCUGUGAGCAGGAUUUUUGAGGGCCUCACACACAUUUUUGUCUUUAUAUUUUAGGUCCUUAAAGGCAGAAAAAGACCAAAGAUAGAUGAGAAAGAACAUCAGAGCAAGAAGAGGGAUUUGAAAGAGGAGAAAGUCGAGUCAAAUUGAUUUAUAAGGCUCUUACGGAGCAGGUUAAUCUUGAAGAUAAACAGAGGACACCAGCUCAGAUAAAAACAAGAGACAAGCUUAUCAAGAUAAGAUCGAGCCUGCUGAACUUUCUGUAAUCAUGCUCUCCCAGUGUGCUGUUUUGACAUUUCCUAAUCCUGUACUUUGUCCCAUAUCCUUGCCUGCAGUUUGGGGAAAACCGGCAAGUCCUGCAGGCCCUGCGGACGCUGCUGGAGGAGUUUCGGGAGGAGCUGCGGGAGGAGGAGGCGAGGCGACGCCAGCUGCAGCAGUCCUACGCCAAUGACAAAGCCGCCUGGGAGGUCAAGUGGGCAGAGAUGAAGUGCCAGGUCGCACAGGUACAGAUGGCGCCUCAGCGCCCACCUUAAAGAGACAGGACACAGUCUGGUGUGGGAAAACUAAUGGUGCAUUCAGGGAGCAGCGAGGGGACAGUAAACAUGUUGACUCGAGCGCGGAUGAAAGCCGCUCAGGGCAGAGGGGUAACAAGCUGGAAACACAAAUCUUUGUUACUCCCCUUGAGCCAAACACAGUCUUUCUGAAGGUGCAGCAAAGAAAUGAACACACAGAGCAAGAAUCCAAACCCUCAAUAAUCAAAGCAAAAGAGGAAGUUUGUCUUCCAGUAAGACAAAAAAAUAUGAAUCACUUUCUCAGCUCUGUGUCGUAACUGUGCAAAGCGCCUCUAAGCAUUUUUAAACAUCUGUUUAAUUGCUCUCUUCCUCUCUCAGUAUGAGUGUAAAUAUUUUGAACAUCUUCAUCUCAGCUGAUAUGAACAGAGAGAGCUGAUACCAUUUAUUCAGAGGAGUACAGUCAGUUCAAGACGCAGGAAGCAGCUAAUUAUUUUGUCAAUUUGAAAAAAACGGUUUGAGUUUACUCUGCAUCCAAAAAUCCUCCCAAACAUCAUUCAGAAGAUUUUGGUCCAUCAAAAUAUUGUUUCUUGGACUAAAAGAAGGAAAAUAUAUAUCAAAAACAAAAGCUGGGACACUGUAAAUGUUGAUUAAAUUGAUUUUAAUGUUUCCAACAGCUGGUCAGGGGCAUGUCUACCAUCGCGUUUCAUCGUUGUCUCUCUGAACAACAUCCAAUAUAAGUUAGGGAACAAAAAAGACCAGUUUCUAGAGUUUUAAAUGUCCAAUUCAGGCUGUUGCAAUAAACUGGUAGUAGUGAUAUUGUGCUUAAAAUAAGCACACAGUAAUGCAGUGAGUUAGCAGUCGCAGGAUAGACAAAGAGGAAGUAGCGGACUGCUAACAAGCUAACUUUAGCAGCACUCUGGGAGAUUAAAAACUGACUUUCCAAGAUUUAUGGUGAAAUCCAAAAACAACAUUAAAGCCUUGUACUUCUUCAGGACACUAAUCAACUGAAGAUUUGUACUUUCUAACACAUUUUUUAAUGGUUUUCAUUUAGUCCGGUAACUCACAGUCUACCAGAAAUAGUUCCCUUCAAAAUAAAAGCAUAGUUUGACCAUGCAGGAAAUGAAUCCUAAAUCAUACAUUUGCAGAUGCCAUGUGCACCCAUACAUCCCCACAGUGUCUUCUUUUUAGAGCUCACCUGGAUUCACUGAUAAGAAGUUUCUUGAAGUGAUUUUGAGCCUAUGCGGUGACUUCCACUCCAAAGUCAUGUCUGUUUUGACUGAAAGCCUGAAAAUCACUAACUAUCCCUGAUAACUCCAUAAGUAAUCCACCCUCAGGAGAUAUGAAAACCAGCGUUAAAGGUUUAUGUAACUUUUAGCCUUGUCAUCCUGUUGUUCCUCCAUGUCAGAGUUUUUAGGUUACAGGGGUGUAAACAUGAGAUUUAAGGUCCCUUUGCUGCAAAAGAAUAAAGAGAAAUGUGUGUUUCACUCGUACUUUGAGAGGUGAAAAUCUAUGAAACCACUGUGGGAAUAUCUCUGUCUUUGAGGAUGUAGGUUUUCAAAGAGUAAAACAUCAGUAGGCUUUGAGCGCUGGGUGGUUGAUUCCAGCGUAUUGACUGAGGGAAACAUACACUGAACAUUUGACCCACGAAAAAAAAAACAUUACAGGGAAUAUAAGCUCUUUGAAACAUUUCCCAAAUGGCCCUGAACAGACAGAGGGAUUUUUUUCAGGUUGCAAAAUGAAAGUUCACUGCUGUGUAAGACCAUGAUAUUAAAAACUAUGUGGAAUAGAAAAAUCACAAACCCUGCCUCUUAAUUAAUCAGAUCAAAUGAUGGGAAAAUCAAAAAACAAGCUGUUUUUUCCGCCUUUUUUAUCUCAGUGCAAUUCAGUGUGCUUUAACCCCCAAUUUACAACUUCACAGUGAGUCUUAAAUAUUUGAAAAUUAGCUCAUUUUAACAGUGAAACACCAGAUCACAGUCUCAUCACCGUUUGUCAUCUGUGCUUGUUUACAUCCAGGUAGUAGAGCAUGAUAGCAUAAUGGCAGCUACCAAUGACAAGAGCUACAGCUCUAAACAAUGGUGGAUGGCUAUGCUUCCAAUUUGACCCCGUUUAUACAUACCCUGUUAUUUUUAAAAACAGACAUUAACCGGCAUCAUUUUGCCCAUGUCUGUAUAUUUGGUGUCAAAAAAUAAAUGAAUGAAAGUUGGUUUUGGAUGUGUGUAGGUAGGCUAUGGUCUCAUGUCCCUUUAAGACGCUGUCCCACAUCAAAGACGUGACUCCUCCUCAUCCAGUCUGUAACAAAGAGGGAAAGACAGGUGAAGAGAUGGAAGACGGUUCAAAAGUUGUAGUGGCUGAAGUAGACGAAGUUAAUGUGGGAGGGGGUGAGCAGCUUGUGGAGUAGUUAUCGUCCAUCAAUCGUUAUUAAGAUGAACUGCUCAAUUGUGAUAUUGAUUUGAGGCCAUAUCGCCCAGCCCUAACAAGGACUUAUAGUUUGAUCGGGCUUCUGAGGAGACAUUUGAGGCUUGAAUUCAAGACGCCUCCUCCCUGCUCCAUCAGUGUGUGCAGCAACAACAACAAGAGCAUAAGUGUGGGAUCGUGAAGACAGUCCUGUUCAUGUUGUUGUUGUCUCAUUUGUUACCUGGCACACAGGGAUACUGACCCUUUAUUGUUUCGUGGUACAAAUGGUCAACACAGUCAGAUCCAUCUUGUCUGCUGUAUGAAGAUGAAAAUCCAGAAACCACAAAGCCCAAGUCUGAGCUUUGCUUCUUCUCUGAUCUGAUCAAAAUGGAAACUGCAGCUUUGGGAACUAAUUACGCAGUUUGACUUAUAGGAAGGGGAUUAUCUCUUUAACUCAGCUGUUCGUAAUCUGAGCGGCUUUUACAUGGUUCAUAUCCUUCCACAGAGCAGAGGUCGCCGAGGGCCUCAAUGAGAACUAAUUUACUUAGUUUCCUGUGAUAACACCGUGUCGAGUCCUUUUCUUGCUCCGCUGUGCGUCGUUCUGAUUAAGACCUCAGAAACACGGCUCUAAACUGCUGAUCAUUACGCAGCUCAACAGAGCAGAGCAGGAGAGGAAAUUACCCUCACCUGUGUUAUUUAUACAUGGAUGGUUAUUUUUGUUCGGCUUUUAGAUGAUAUUAAUAAAGAGGUUCAGACCGGCUCGUGUUUCUGGUGACACACACUCUGAGGCCCCCUAACCAUCUGUCGAUAUUUAUAAAGUCUUACACCAUGGCUGUAACUGUUCAGUCAGCAGCUAUUACUGUAUAUGUUAUCCUCCCAACUGUGUAAUAAGUUAAAAACCCAGUAUAAAAUUAUACAAGACAAACAUUGUGAAUGGUAGUUAUGUAAACUGACGUUUGAAGGCAGUCUCGACCAGCUCUUCACGCACAGACCGGAGCCAUUUGUACCGCCGUGUUUUCAGAUCAAAGCUCGCCGAAGAGUACAAAGCGCCGCUCUGCUCGGGAAACGGGAGCUUCCAGAGAGGCUUCGCUCCGUCCUUCUGCUGCUUUGAAGAUUCCCUGCAGAACUACCGACUCCUCGCUUCAGAGAGCGGUUGAAUAUAUAAAUCUGCAGCUUGGGGUGGAAUUGGUGGACACGUGUGGUCGUAAAGCGAAAAACAUAGCUGUAGAGGAAAUAAUCAAAACAACUCAGAAGUCAGUGCAGGCUUGACUUGGGUGUCCAGUCGUUUAAUGAACUUCUACGGUGUAAAGAAACAUUUAAAAGCUGUUUUUGAAUAUAUUAUGUUUGUUUGAUAUAGAUUUGUUAAGACAUAUGAAAACUAUGUGACUCCUUCGAUAAAUGAUGAUGCUGUUGUACGACCAAGAUGUAAACAAGCACAGAUGACAGGUGGCUUCUCGUAGCACACCAUUAUGUUCAUCUUGCCAUUAGGAGUGUCCUGAUACGAUAUUGAUAUCAGAUAAAGGUCCAAUAUCAGCAAAAAAUAUAUAUAUAUAUAUAUAUAUCGGAGUAUAUCGGCCUGCAUCUAAAAUCUCCGAUACAGGCAGUCCAUUCCAGACUCCACUCCAGCACCUCUAGCUAGCAGCGCCCUGAUCCAGCAAGCUGAGCCCACAAAAUCAGAACAACAGUGUGUACUAAGGCACAAACAAACUAGCAAGGAGUAGGAGUGAUGUCGGCCAUGUGGCAGUAUUUUUUGUUUAAGUGCAAAAUUUUGAGCCAAUAUCGGAUCAAUAUUGGUAUCAGUCAAUAUUGAAGGCUGCAAUAUCGUUAUCAUUUCGGAAGUCAAAAAGUUGUAUCGGAACGCCCUACUUGCCAUUGAACUUACCUGUUAGUAGGAAUUCCAUUUUUCCUCAUUCUAACAUGAGUGUUAAUGGAGCUUCUUUGGGUUUCGUAAACAGCCCCAAGUGGACAGUCAAGGAACUGCACGUUUGUUAAUUUUUUCAUUUGGUUUUUCAGCUCAGACAGUUGUUGCUUGAUGUUCAUGCAUCUUGAAAAAUUACGUAUUUGUAGCUAUAUGGUUGUCCCAGAAUAGCAACAACACAAACAUACUAUAAUCUUCUUUAGUAUGACGUCCAGCUGUAGAUGAAACAACACAAUAUCUAUCCUGAGAAAGUGCGACAAACAAACUAAUAAAGCAGCAGGUUAACUCAAAUAUCAUAAUUAAUGGUCAAAUAAAGACAGAGAUGAUUUCCAGUGCAAUUUUAAGAUAAUACCUGUUUACUUUGACUCAUGUAGACUUGAAAUCAAUAAAAUAAAACCAGUUACAGUGUUUUGGAGCGACAGAUAUGUGAAUUAAAAGGCUCGUCCAAUGCAUCUGUAUUAUUUGAGUUUAAUCAUUUAACCAAUAAAAACCCACAGUUAGAGCUCUGUGGUACAUUUCUACUUGGAAAAGGCGACAAAGGUGAACUUAAAGUUUUUAAUAAAGUUUUUUGCUGCCAUCUUAUUUGACUCCAUUAUUUGGCAGUUGUGAACUUUAUUUUGACUUUUUUUUCAACUUUUUUUAAACUCAAAGAUCACAGAGAUGGAUUAAAGAUCAAAGCGAGCGGAUCAAACACAGUAAACCUAAGAUGUGUCAAUAGCAAUGUAACUUACUUUUCUACUAAAUGUGGAUUUAUGCGUGUGUCUUCGCUCUUGUCUAGUUCGAGGAAGAGACUCCGGAUCAAGUGCGAGGCGAAGCACAGGGGGGUGAAGGAGAACCAGCGGGAGAUCCCGAGAGCACCCUGACGCAGGAGCGUGAGGAGCACCGACGCCUGCUGGCCGAGAGCCACAGCACCUCCCUGGACCUCCGCUGGAAGCUGCAGCACGGGGAGAAGAGAUGGGGUCGCGAGAGGGCGGAGCUCCUGGAGCGCUUCGACCGAGAGCGGCAGGAGUGGGACAGCAGCAUGAGGGAGCUCCACCGCAAGAUGGAGAGGGUGAGAGAGCAGAGGAGAUGAGGAGAGAGAGAGGAAGGAGGGAGGAGUUAUAGUAGAGAACGAGGAAAUCAGCACGGGGUCAGGCGAGGAAAGGAGCAGUGGGAUUCAUUCAGUUGCUUUUCAGGAUCUUAAAAUAGCAUCACCUGACUUUCCUAAGUGUCUGAGAGCACUGUUUCAGAGUUCAUGUCACCUUAAAGGUGGGAUUAAAAUACAUUUUAAGUCUUAAAAUAUACACUAAAUGUAAUUUAUAUGUAGAAAAAGUAACUGCAGCUCUACAGAUCAGAGAAGAAGAAAACAGCACAAAAAGUGAAGUCUCUAUUUUACUGUUUUUGUGCUUUGAAGUGAAGCGAGGGUGAAACGGUGAGAAAGCACCAGAGGUGAUAAUCUGCUCUGUUGUUUAGUAUUUCAAAUAUUCGACCAGAUAAAAAAAAAACUGCAGAGGAUUACUGAAUAAUUGAUGCCCUUUGGGAGAUUUAAUGAAGCCUACUGCAGCAGCUCACCUCUCUCAUGUUUGAUGUCCCAGACAGGAGGUAGAAACAUGAACCGGUUAAUAUGAUAUGAGGGUAUUAAAAUAAUAAGCGGUGACUGGAAUAAUAACAACAGGAACUCCCUCUGAAUACAGCUCACUUUCACCCGCUCAGAAACAAACUGCUGAUGCACGGCUGAACAGAGACACAGAGCAGGAAGCGGAGAUGCAUUAUUCAGCAAUGCUGCAGCAAAUUGUAAAACACAGGUCACCUACUCCAGAGUGAGAGUGAAAUACUGAUGCAACUUUUGUCCUUUUGACCAGAGCCUGAAAUGAGGCACUUAACCCAGAGUUUAGCAGGUCUGUUACUCGACGGCUCAGAGUCGAGGGACAGAGAUGUUUCUGUCUUGUUAAAAACCGCUAAACUGAGCACCUGUGCUUGUUUUUGGGUCCUUACAGAUGCAGAGAGAGCUGAGCACCAGGCGAGGCGAGGGAAUCGACGUUAAAGACGGCCACAGAGGAGUGUUUUCACCUCAGGACAGUCCCUGUAACGCCCCCCGGUCUCCUCGCUCCCCGCGCUCUCCCUGUACGUCCACGCCCCUCUCUGUCCCUCCCACUCGCUCCCACUCUGACUCGGAGGCCAUGCUGGAGGAGCAGGGCGCUGCCAUGAGGCUGAAAGGACCAACAGAGAACCUGUUCCUGGACGCUCUGUCUCUGGACCCCCUCAGUGGCCUGGAGGUCCCACCUCCAUCGAGACUGGAGAGUGAGAAGAGGUUCCCCUGCAUGAACGAGGUAACACCUACAGAAGUGUGGUCUGUUUAUGGAGUGAUGUUGGCCUCAGACAGUGAAAGAUCUUUGGAGGAGUUCAGAGGGUGGAAAGACUGAUCCACAGAUUCAAAAUUCAUGGUCCCCAGUGGAUAAACCAAUGUUGGGUAUAACUAUUCGUGCUCUUCUGAGGAUGAAAUGUAGUUAUUUUUCCCCCUUCCUGAAUUUAUAUUUGGGCUUUUUUGCCUUGGUUUGGAGAGGACAUGGUGGGGUACAGAGUAGGAAACAGGGAGUGAUAAUCAAGAAAGGAGCCAAGGACUAGAAUCAGACCUGGGCUAACAGCUCCAGGUAUAACUUCUGUAUAUGUGGUGUUUGUGUAGACCGCUAGGCCCCAUCUCUUGGUUUUUAAUCCAACUCUGCCAUAAAAUUAAAACACUUAAGUUUCCCAUCAUCUACAACUGUGUUUAUCACAGACUGUCAAAUAUUACGUAUUUAAAAAGGUGACCAUUUAAAAGCUGCUUAACUUUAGCAUUUUCGUCAGUGUUAGGUAGACCAUACAUCCUCUUUAACCCGGACAUGUUCUCUUUUUGGGGGCUGUCCGACCUUGUCUGGCUUUGUUCGGGGAAGUUUACAAAAUCCUUCAAACGUCCACAAUUCUGUAUGUAAGUUUCAAGCAUGUGUCAUGUGGACUUACUGAGUUAGAAGUGUGUAAAAGACUCUCAAUCCAACCUGAAAACUCUCAAAAUUAUCUUCGUGCGACCCUGUUACUCCACCCCCGUGUAGUCAUGUCCUCUUUGUGGGGAUUCAGAACAUGGUCACCCUAGUCAAUGCACCAAUGUUAGCAUGUAUGCAGUAGCAUUUAGCUAAAAUAGUUACUGGGCUUUAGUUAAACCUCAGAGAGCUGCUUUCAUGGCUGUAAACCAGUAGUCUUACUCUAGAGGUCAAUCUCAGGUAAAAAGAAAACCAUUUGCACAGAAAACUUUGGGAAUUUUUUAGAGUGAGGUGCAUGUGUAAACACAAACAGCCUGAAUUUUCACCAUAGAUCAGUAUUUUUUCCUGUGCGCUUCCUUGUAAAAUUUGAACAAGUGAGUGAGUAUAGGCGGACAUAGAGGUAUGAUGUUUAUACCAUUUGACUGGUGUAAACCUGGAAGAGUGACGUGAAGGAGGAGGAGAUUCAUUUUUUCAUUGCAGCAUCAGCCUCCGCUAUCAUACUUUAAACAUCCCACUGAGAGUUUUUACAGUGUUUUCUGCCCCUGCCCACCAUUCCUAUCAUCUGACAGGGAAAACUCAUAAUCUGAGGAAGAUGUGUGAACGGACAACUUCAAAAUAAACACACUUAUUUUCAUGUCAACAACUCAGAGUCCUUUCCUUUCUAUAAGUUUAAAAUCUUCAUAAAAUCAGGCCUGAGAAACUCUUCCCCUGUGGGUAAACCCAGAGUAUUAGCUGCUUAGGCGGUAGUCUUCUUAUUAAUGGAAAUUCAUCUAAAUGUAAAUUAAAGUUUAACUUAAAUCCUCCUGAAUGGACUCCUUUAAACCCUGUUGUAGCAGAGAGAAGUAUCUUUCUAACUGAAUUUGGAUGAAGAUCAUUAUGGGUGCACUUCCUUUACUUUACUUUUAUGCCACUUUAAUGCGCCUGCUUUAGCAACAUUAACUGAAAAGAGAUGAGGUGUUAUCUGAAAACAUUCGCCCGGAGCAAUCAUCAGACUCUGAGGAAGUAAACCACAACGCAAGCCCCAUAAAAUCCACCUUAAAUGAAUCACCCAGCACCUGUCUGCUGUUAACAACCAAAACAAAGCGGUGCUAGAUUAAAGCAAACGUCGUAAGACUUUCAGGAAGAUGAUCAUUUAUCUAUUAUGCGAAUCUUUGCGACUGCAUCUUUGUCCUCUUUAAUCUUCUUGUUGCAUCUGUUCGUCUUUCAGGCUCUGAAUGAGAUUCCAGACAGAGAAGGCACCCCGGAGUAUCCAGAGGAGGAGAUGGGCGGAGGGAGUCUGCUCAGGUAACCUCUCUUUAAACUUUUAUGGCUCGAAAUGUUAACUACUCAAAUUACAGAGAUCAACUGUUGAUUCGAUUUUCUGCUACUUGAUUUUUCCGUCAAAGUUUCUCUCUUUCAGCUCGCUUUGUUUUAAAAUCAUUCAGACACUCUGUAAACAUUGAAACGAUGCCCGUAACUCAUACCUGCCAACAUUUGGGUUAUAAAAUCAGGGAGAAUUUUUUCUCACGUUUGUUUCCCUUUUAUUGAAGUGUUCAUUUUGCAACAAACACUACUUAAAUAUAGUUUACAGCUUAAACAGACCUGAAUCAUCCCAAAGUGUAAAGUAAAAGUAUCAAUCCAGUGUCUGUGAGGCUCAGCAGAAUCGCAGGACAAUCUUCGGUUGUCUAGAAACUUUGGAUAAAUAUAGUGGUCCGAUUCAUGAAUGAACGCGGACCUUCAAAAGAGAAAUGACAAUACAGGAGGUGGGUGGGAGAUAGGUCUGAAAUACAGGGGAGUCCUGGGAAAAACGGGAGUGUUGGCAGGUAUGCCGUAACUUGUCAAGCUGCAGAAGUCAGAUUGUUUAGUUGUGGCUGUUGUUGAUCUGUGUGUGUUUGUGUUUGUGUGUUUUUCAGAGCCAAGUCCGUCUGCUCCAUGAGCGACUUCCAGCGGUUGAUGGACAGCUCCCCGUUCCUCCCUGACAAGACUCGGCACGAUGACCAAGGCCAGGAUGACAUCACUCCCCCUCUGUCCCCCGACGACCUCAAGUACAUUGAGGAGUUCAACAACAAGGGCUGGGACUUCCCAUCAUCCGCCUCUGGACAGGGUCCUCUCCGGGAGGCGUGGCCUGACCGACCGCCUGAAGCCCUGGGAGGGGAGCCCAUUCUUGAUCCAUUCCAGCCGGCCUCCUGGUUCCUCACCACCAGCGCCACCCUGACCACCAGCACCCUGAGCAGCCCCGAGCACUGCCACAAGUCCCCGCUGAGGGGCAACGGAGCAGGGGCAGCAGGGGUGGGACUGGAGCACUGUGGGGUUCACAUGAUCCACAGCCCCACCAGGCCUGGAGCAGCUGAGCACCCUACUGCCCAAGACCCGGACUUCCUGUACGCCAAAGGGACCAAAGCCAGGGGUGGAGGAGAGGCUGGGGUGGGAGCCAGCGGUCCAGACGAGGUCUUCACCGGUGGGAGGUGGCCAUGUGGGCUACUUGAGGGUGGGGGGUUGAGGACUUCUCCUAGUCAGUCUCCUAUCUACACCUCCUCUCUGGAGCUCCAGCUCUCUAGGAACUUGAGCGACGACAUGAAGGAGGUGGCGAUCUCUGUAAGGAACGCCAUCCGCUCUCCUCCAGGGCCCGUGGUCCGGGACUCCGCCUGCCAAACGAAUGGAUUCACCACACGAGGCACUCAGACCACGCAGACCAUCAGUGUGGGUCUCCAAACAGACCUGCUGAGGAAUCUAACCAGCAGCCCUCACCGCUGCCUCACUCCUAAAGGCGGCGGCACGCCUAUAUCCUCGCCAUCCCGCAGCACCAGGAAGAUCCAGUACUCUCCCGUCAUUCAGAGUAAGUUUGAGCGACCCUGCUGUUCGCCGAAGUACGGCUCGCCCAAACUUCAGCGAAAACUUUCCACAUCCAACAAAGCGGAUCUACCCAACACCAGCCGUGCUCCCACACCCACCACGCCACAGAAGGGCAACAGCGAGUCUGCGUGGGCUCGCUCCACCACCACUCGUGACAGCCCUGUCCAUACCACCAUCAACGACGGCCUCUCCAGCCUCUUUAACAUCAUCGACCACACCCCCGUCUACGACUCCAUGCAGAAGUUCAACAAGUCCCCCAGCCGCUCUCGCCCUAACGCUUCCUCCUCCACCACCGAGCCCGGCGCCGCACAAGGCGCUCUAGCCACGGACCCUAGAAACGCACAGGAGUGCUUACGGACCGCUCGUGGGCGUUCUCCCAGCCCUGUGCAGCUGAUAGUGGAGACGCAGGGGGAUAAAAAUCAGGAGGUGGUGAGCAUACGGCAGGACCUCUCAGCCCCUCCGGGCUACACGCUGGCUGAAAACACAGCUCGCAUCCUUAACAAGAAGCUGCAGGAGCAGAACUUUAGAGAGGAGAGGAGGCUGCAGGCCGGAGCUCAGAGCGGCCACAGCAGAGACAGCGGCAGGCAGGCCGACUCAGACAGAGGACAGUCUGGAUGUAUGGAGGUAAAUAUACAGUCGCACUGGAUCCAUCGCUUCAUCAUUCAUUUGAUCUGGGGCCCAUGUUUUAUGACGCAUUGAUAUUUAUGACUCUGCCCUGGAUUUCCCUCGUAAUGCUUGAAGAUAAACUUGAAAGCAUGUGUGUCUAAUCAGAGAAACGCUAAUCCACGACGUAAUAUCACUAAAAGUCUUCAUGUUUUUUUCUCAGAUCGAAAGCACUGACUGAUGCAAUGGUAAUGUCAAAAUAUUUAACCCUUUUUAAUAAUACUUCACUCUUCGUCUUUGCUUCAUGUAGAAACUCUUUAAGGUUUCUUCUUCUUCUUCUUCUGUACUUUCUCUCUGACUGUAGCAACUUUCCUGUAGCUUUAAUUCUGUGAAAUAACUUCCAAUGAGGCCCGACCGAAACCAGAUUCAAGUGUCUGAUCGCUGGAAAAGUGAAAUUAAUGUUCCCAUAUUAAUCAUGGAGGUGAGAUUGCGGCUGUAAAGCGGCAUAAUUAAUCCCGAUCACAACUCUUUCAAGUGGAUUUCAAGUGUAUCUAGAUUUUGAAGAGAUUUGACCGUUCAUGCAAAAAGAAACGCUAAAUUUUACCCAAAGAAAUUGGCGCUCUGACACGUCGGUCGGGCCUCUUUUCCACCACCCAUUCAGCUGACCUGAGGGGAAAAUAAACCAUAGAUUCAUUUAACGUAUUGGCAGGCCUCUCAUUUUGUCUCUGCAGACGGAUUAAAAAGACAUAAAGUAGGUCAUGCUGUGAUAAAGCUCUACAUUAAAACACAGACACUCCUCCAUCAGUGAGCAGUAAAAUCCCACAUAUGGUGAUUGAUCUAUCUACUAACAAUAAGGUUUUUACAGGCUGAUUAAAGUGCGCAGUUACAGAAGAGGGAAAGUCGGGGUAAAAAGGAUCCUCAUUAAACUGAUUGAAUUUCCACCAACACUACUUGUUUGGGAGUAUAUUGUACAGUGUUGGAAAAAAGUUUGGAAUAUUUGUCAAUUCGACCCCAGCCUCGUGUUUAACGCGGUCUGCUGCUUUCUGGAGAAUUAUUCAAAGACUUUUUAAUGUUCCCUGGUCUCUGUGAUAUGUUUUUGAAAUUCACAUCAAACUAUUUUGUUUCUCAAAAAAUUGUAGGGCGGACACCUCAUGAUUCACAAAAAGCCAUAGAAAUAACACAUAAAAUCAUGAGUCGGUAUUUAAUAAAUAAACGGCUGUAAUUUUAAAUUGCCACAAAAUACGUGGACCAUCUUUGAAAGCAACAUCAAACAUAACAAGACGAUAACAACAAUACAGUCAGUACUUUGUGUGACCGCCUCUAGCAUUGUACAAUGCGCGUACACGUCUGGGCAUGCUGGUCACUAGGUUGGUAAGAGUUUCAACCGGGAUUUCUCGCCAGCAUUGGAUCACAGCCUGAGUCAGUUCAGCCACGUUUGUUGGAGGAUCAUUCACGUUACACGAAACACUGAAGAAAAUAUUCCAAACUUUUUUCCAACACUGUAGAUGUGAUUUGUAAUUGAUUAAGGUGCCCCAUAUAUACAUAUUUACCCCAAAAAUGUGCACUUCUCCUGUUUGAAACAAUAGCUGUGUUUACAUGCACACAAAUAAUCAGAAUAAAUGCCCGAUCGGAAUAAAAAUGCGUCAUGUAAACAUGGUGAUCGGAAGAUUCUGAUCUAAUCGACUUCUCUUACCUGACUCAGUCUUCACUCUUUAUUCACUGAGACCGGUACAAGAGGUUUUAUUAUUAACACUCUGGUGCCGCGUCUGCUCCUCUGAUAACAUAACAAGGCUUACAUACAACGUAAUGAUGUCACAGAGCAACCUUUGACAGAACAGUAAAAUGAGUACACAAGGGCGCCAUCUAGUGACAAUAUUUAACAGGGGGAAAACUUCUGAAUUGGAUGGAGUGAGCCACUACCGCGUUUGUUGGUUUGUUGACAGCAUAGGCGUCAAUACAACUCUUCUUUUUCUGGGGUUGUUUUAGCGAAAUCAGACAACUGUGUGCAUGUCCAAAUGCUUGAGUAAAACUUGGUGCAUGUAUACGCACGUCAUGAUCGAUCCCUCAAAUUUUUAAUCGGAUCAAGAAAUUUUGCCCAUGUAAACUAGGCUAGUGAGGCACAUUUCUAAAUCAGUUCAGUGCAGCUUGUGCAAAAAAGCCCAAAAAAGCUUCAUCUAACUCAAGAAGCACAAACAAAGGGUUAAAUGCACCACAAACUGCACUACAGAGUACAUACUGUCAUCGCGAGGUCAGGUCCAGGGAGGAAGCUGGACAUAAAAUGUGGAAUAUUUGUCAAAUCUGUUGUGAAUCAACAAUAAACUGAUACUGAGUUUCCCUCUCCAUGUUAAUGGAUUUUAGCUCUGUCAGGAUUAGAGUGCACAUUGCAGCACUGUGCAGUAGAGAGUCGAGAUGCUGACAGCUUAUUUCCACAGCCAGACACAAAACUAGAGCUGAAGACCAAAUGCAUCAGAGUGCAAGUGACCCACAGAAAUCCUCUAAACUUUUCAAUUACUCCAGCUAUCUCUGUCGUUUUUAGGCCUGCCUUUUUUUAGAUAAAGUCAUGGCUCAGUUUAGUCGUAGUCCAGCUGGAAAUCUAAGAGAGGAUCAGACUCCUCUGUCAUGAUUUCUUCAUUUUUGGGGGGUUUAAAGGUCAAGGUGGAGGCUGCUGAUCAGAAUCUUGUAGAGCUGGACUUCUUCUCAAAUCAAUCAAUCAAUCAGUCUACAUAAAUGAAGCUUCAUUGAUUGAUUUCUCUCACAUAGUGUGUGUGGGAGUCUUAAUUCUAAGGAAAUUGCCACCAUGAAGAAAAUUGUUACAAAAAAACUCCACAUUUUUUUGGUAUUUUUGUCAUACCUCCAAGCCCUUAUUUGUUUUAUUUGCAGCCGCCUGUGUUGAAUGUUGGCUAUCUCCAACACUGUGUGACUGGUUGGCUGGUGUGCACAGGAUCCCGGUUCUUUGUGUUGUUGUUCCAGGUCUAAAGUGAAUGGGUGUGUGUUAAACGAUGUCUGUGUCGUCUGCAGGCUAAAAUCAGCCUCCUUAGUUCUCCUUAUCAUCCUCUCUGCCACUUAUUUUGCCAGACUUAUCCUUUCUGCCCGAUUUUACCGAUUAACAUUUCCUGCUCUAUCUUCCCUCCUCCUCCCCCCUUUUCUCCCCCCUCCUUCUGGGCUUUAUCUCCCCCCCUCUUCCUCGCUGUCCGCUGUGCUCUGAUCCAGAACCACACUGUCAUACUAACAACACCUUGGGGACUCUAACUCUGCUUGUCUCCGUGAUGUAAGUUCCUCUUCCUCUACGACCUUUGGCGGUGGAUUCACCAGCCACAUGGACCUCUCACCCCACGCCCUGCAGACCCCCUGCCCCCUUCCUCCUCCUCCUCCUCCUCCUCACCCUCUCCAUAAAUGCAUGCUUCACAGGACAGCAGAGUGACAGUUUAUGAAGCCAUCGAAGUGGUGUCAAAAGUUGUGCGACGGCCAUCCAUCCUUUUCUUGGUGUUAAUGUACGCAUGCUACGUUUCUUUGGUGUAGAUCAUCUGUUUUUUUUAAAGGACCAUAAUGGUGAUUUUGCAUGUUUUAAGCCCAUUAAUCAUAAAUCACAACUACGAUUUCCCUACACAUACCAUACAUUCUGAGAUUUCCAAAUUUAAAGGAAAAUUCCUGCCUAAAUAAAAAUGAAAAUAGUAGAUAACUUGUAAAUAGUAGAUAACUUUUUGAGACAUAUUAUGUAAGACAACAGACAAUUCAAUUUCCCUUCAGGCAUUAAUAAAGUUAUUCUUAUGAAAUAAACUCAUAAAGACCAAGACAGGAUAGUAUAAAAAAAUAACCAGCCAAUUAACUAAUAAUAAUAAAAUCUACCUCUGAAACCUUAAACUCUGAUAUGUACACUAAUAUGUCUUUAGUGUAAGUUACUGUUAUUGUAGCUUUAAAAAAAACGCAGCUAACUUAGACUGAAACUUGGAUAACUGUGCGUUAGCAUAGACUGCUAACAGCUAGCUAAUGUUAGCGCAGACAGACCUGAAUGUGAAUACUGAUAUGUCAAAGUUGUUUAAGUAGCGUUAAAAAACACAGCUAACUUAGACUGAAACUUGGAUAACUAUGCGUUAGCAUAGACUGCUGACAGCUAGCUAAUGUUAGCGCAGACAGACCUGAAUGUGAAUACUGAUAUGUCAAAGUUGUUUUUGUAGCGUUAAAAAACACAGCUAACUUAGACUGAAACUGGGAUAACUACUCGUUAGCAUAGACUACCGACAACUAGCUAAUGUUAGCGCAGAUAGACCUGAGUGUGAACAGUGAUAUGUCUUUACUGUAAGUGUAAGUUACUGUUUUUGUAACAUCAGAAAAAAACGUAGCUAACUAAGACUGAAACUUGGAUAAACACUCAUUACCAUAGACUGCUGACAGCUAGCUGAUGUUAGCGCAGACAGACCUGAGUGUGAAUGCUAAUAUCCUUUUAUUAUCCUGUUCAGUUAUUUCUUGAAGCUGCAUUUAGAAUUACCUGUGGGGUCAUUAACUCAAACAAAACAGCAACUUCAUUGAGGUUAACCACAUCUCAGACUGAGCUAACAUGAAAAUAUCAUAUAAAAUAAAGUAAUUAUUUUCACUGCGAGUACUGUUAAUGUAGCAUGAAAAAACGCAGCGAAAUGAGAUUGAAACUUUACGUCCCAUUUGCAUUUCAAAAUUUUCAGCAAGCUCAAGUUAGUAUUUCUAAAAACAACAAUUUCCUUUUGCUUUGGGUGAAUUCUACAAAAUUUCCAGCAUGGUCCUUUAAAACAAGCUCACAAAUCUGAAAUUUUUCACUUGAGUGUCACCCAGUAAGAAAAGAGGACUUUUCGGAUCUGUUAGCGACUGCUGUCUGUCGUCUUUUGGGACCUUGUGCAGCUUCAUGCGGUUUAUUCUAACGCUGUGUUUCUACCAGGAUGUCACAGCUGAGAUGAUGUUUCACUUUUUUUACCCUUUUUUGUCCACACAGUGUUUGGUUUCCUCUCCACUCUUUCAGCUCGCCCCUUCAGCACAUCCUCUCACACUAACAACAAUCCUCCAAAGACUAACUGAAGGAGAAAGCUGCUAACGCUCAUCACUUUGAUACUCUGUCACCUGGCGGGUUGUGUUUGACUUCUGGAGGAUAUUAACCGGUUGCUGCAUGCUUAAAGGAAAAAUCCACCAUUAAAUGAUCGUAUACUGGAGUAUAACUUACUGUAUAGAAAGGGUUCAAUUUCAGGUUGUUUUUGCAUACAUCAGUGAGUUAUUUCCUAGAAAAAAUUCUUAUUUCAUUCAUGCUAACUUUAUUUGCAGUAGGCAUAUAAACAAGAGUCUGCCACCUCAUGCUCUAUGAAGUUGUUAACAGUUUAGCAACAAGUGAUGGAAAUCAGUCCAAGCAUAGUCAGCUGCUCUAACUCCACAUCCUCCCUUUCAGCGUAUGUGUUCAAAUGUGAUAUUAAAGAGAUAUUCCGGCGUAAAAUUAAUUUAGGGUCAAACACACCGUAACACUGAGUUAAACACCCCCUCAAGAGAUGAAUGUUGCCGACCGCUUGCUUCUCUACUUAUACCAACUUUAGUAACAAGCGCAGGAUAGCAAUACACAGCAGUCUGAGGAGCCACAAACAAACCUCAACCAAAACGCCACUCUAUAGCCACAAAUAAUGCGACAGUACAUAUAGGGUCCCAGCCACAGCACUAGCAAGACCUUGGGCCAGUCUAUUAUGGACUACAGCGGGGUGACGCAGCUCAAGAAAGAACAUUUAUGAUCAUUUAUUUAUCAUUUCUUCGAAGUCAUAAUCAUCAUAUUAAUCACUUUGCGCUACAGAUGCGGUAGUUCUUCUUAGCAUCUCGGUCUUAUUGUAUUUCCAUGAGGAAAUGAUCAUAAAUGUUCUUCCUUGAGCUGUGUCACCCCGCUGUAGUCCAUAAUAGACUUGCCCAAGGUCUCGCUACAAACAAGCGUCUGCUGGAAGAGAGUAGGUGAGUUGUGUUUAGUCUCUUUGCUAAAGAAAUCAGGCAAAGCUAAAAAGAUGUUUGGUGGCUAGUACUAUGGCUGGGACCCUAUAUGUACUGUUGAUGAAGUUAGGUGCUGUUCUGAACAUUAUUUGUGGCUAUAGAGUGGCGUUUUGUUUGAGGUUUGUUUAUGACCGCUGUGUAUUGCUAUCCUGCGCUUGUUACUAAAGUUAGUAUAACUCGAGAAGCAAGCAGUUAGCAACAUUUAUCUCUCAAGGAGGUGUCUAACUCGGUGUUAUAGUGUGUUUGACCCCAAAUUAAUUUUAUGCCGGAAUAUCCCUUUAAAUAAACAUCCUUAUCUGUGAGGGGAAGCUGAAAGCCGAGAUACUUACUCAAAUGUGGUGUCAAGAGAGACUUCAAAAGUUCUGCUAGAGAUAAAAGUCUGUAUUUUGUGGGUCAAUCUCAUCCGAAAUUGUUUUUGCAACGUGGUCAGUUGUUAAAAAUAAAUACUGACUCUCCAAACUUGACAUUUAACACCAAUUUUCUUUGAGUUUAAUUUGAGUUCAAUUUUCUCAGAGUUUAAAAAAAUCCCUAACCUUGCAUCGAGAAUAGUAUUUUAGUACAUAAUGACCUGCAGUGGUAAUAAAAAAAAAACCUCUGGGACUAUAUCUUUCUUUUCUUUUAUAAAUAUCCAAGUGUUUUAAGGUGGAUUUCUCCUUUAAGGUCGAUCAUUAACUGAGCAGUCCAAACUGAUGCAGAUUUGUCCACAUUGCUGUUUUCAGUGGCCACUUUUGCACACUGACCUGCUGUUCUCAUAUUAACUGUGCAUGAUCUGUUGUGUUGUGUGAUUUAAUGUCUGAGCAUCACUUCAAUGAUCUUGUAUUAUUAACCCACGAGCUGCUCUGAAUUCCCUUUGUGUACACGGUCCAUCAAAUUCAUUCAUUAACUGAUUAAUAAUUAAUGGGGUUAUGUAUAAUGUGCCCGGCUGUCCUCUGCGACUUGGAUCCCCUGCUCAUUUCCUGCAGGUUGUUUGACACGUCACUCUCUGGUGGAUCUGUCUCCUCAUCCAUCUUACUUUCUUUUUUAUUUCUCUUCACGUCAUCCUCUCACGCCACCGACUGCAGCCUCACCACCGUGUAUUUUUAGCAGAACUAGAUUGUUGCUUUGCGGGCUCCAUGUCCCGCCAUCCUUCAGCUGAAAUCUAACGCCCCGAGACGUGCUAUUUAUAAACCGGGCCAGUGGUGUGAUGUCCCGGUGUGAUGGUUCACCCAAUCACACUCUGACAUCAUACCCAGGGUUUAGGGGGGGCCUCGACGACAGCUAUUUUUCUCACUUCUUGCCCUUUUUGCUCGCUAUUUCUGUUUCAUCUCAGGGGGCAGAUGUAUAAAACUCUGCACACUUCAACACCUGCAGAAUGAUGCACACACUCAUUCUGUCUUCAUCAUUUCUAUGCAUGCGUUAUAUAAAAGCUGACCUGAAGGCACCUCAUCAAUGAUUAGCAGAAGUGUUUCGUCCUUCAGCUGACUCCAGAAGUGUCCUCUCUCUGUCUCUGCAGUGAAGCUGUCUGUGUGUCAUCACACACACCUGUAUGACAGGAAAGUGUUGAUUCAGCUGUAUGGAUAUUUCCAAAGCUGCAGUUUGUUACAGUGGUAUGAAGAAGUCUGCUUCCUUUAAAUGAUGUAAACUGGACGAGAGAGCGGUGGGUUGUUUGCAUCAGUGCCAACCCCAGGAUGGCUGCAGGGUUAGUUCAACAAGAAGAGACUCAACAAUCACAGGGGAACAAUGAUUCCUAAACAUGGUUGGUAGAGACUUAAAAGAGUGAGUGCGCAUGAUCAGGAGAGGAGAGAGGAAAAUUGCUUGCAGAGCCAGAACAGGAGUUGCAGACGAGGUCAGGUCGACCAUGUCAAGUUUUGAAAUGAAAGACCACAUUUUAUGGAUGUGAGAUUAGUAGAAAGAAUGAAUGAGCUUUCUGAUGGAAAAGUAAAGCUUACACUUGCACCAGUAUUAGAAUUUAAAGGGAUAUUCCAGCAUAAAAUUAAUUUAGGGUCAAACGCACUGUAGACACCCCCUUGAGAGAUGAAUGUUGCCGACCGCUUGCUUCUCUAGUUAUACCAACUUUAGUAACGACCGCACGAUAGCAAUACACAGCGGUCUGAGGAGCCAUAAACAAACCUCAACCAAAACGCCACUCUAUAGCCACAAAUAAUGUUCAGAACAGCACCUUAAGAAACUAAACACAGCUCACCCACUCUCUUCCAGCGGCCGCUUGUUUGUAGUGAGACCUCAGGCCAGUCCAUUACAGAGUACAGUGGGGUGACGCAGAUUAAGGAAGAACACUGUGUUUUGAUAUCAUGCAGUCAUUACUAAAGUUGGUAUAACUAGAGAAGCAAGUGGUUGGCAACAUUCAUCUCUCGAGGGGGGUGUCUAACUCGGUGUUUGACUCUAAAUAAAUUUUGCGUCUGAAUAUUCCAUUAAGUGUAGAGUUUUCUUGUACUGAAUCGUGUAACAGAGUCGACUCUUUCUGCAGACUCUAGCCCAGCUGCAGUGACGGUCCUCCAGCUGGUUUUUAGCAAAGGAGCCAAACUGAGGGGAUCCCAUGUGGCAAAUACACUCAUGUAGACCCCAUGUUAAAACAGGGAACUAUCCCUCUAAGCAGGGAGCCAUAUGUGUAGAUGUAUUUUUAGAUAUCAGCGUGUUUUGUCAGUUUUGUCUGUUGGGACCAUUUAUCCCAUCAGAACAGAUGGUCCAGUCCAGCGAGGUGAGGCUCACCUGUUCAGGUGUCCCUGCGGCUCUGUGAGGCUGCAGAUUUCACUGUUUGAGUUCCUCCAGCUUUGAGUUGUUUUUAUUUUAAUUUCAUUAACUCCUCAUAUGAAUUUAGCCCGGUCUAAUCGUUCAUCUUCCCAGAUCACCGCCUGAAUAUUACUCUUAAUUUGUCCUGUUAUUAUUGGAGUAAUAAUCAGGCCUGAUUUGUGACUUCUAAUUUGAUAAAAAGCCAAAUUAACUUAAAAUUUUAAUAUUUUUAAAUACCCUAAAACUUUUUGUGAUUGAGUCUGAAAUUUUAGUGCAUUCCUGGAUAAUUUCAGGACUUCAGGCUCUGAUAUAUUCAAGCACUUCACAGUCGGAGAUUUCUACUGUCAAACACACCCUCAUCCCUCUUGUUUGGCAAUAACAAAUGGUUAAAUGAGAUGCCUAAAAUCCUUUUUCUAUCGACUCUGAUAGAGAAAAAAUAAAAUAUGACAUGUAGAGGUAAUAAAACUUUUAACCUUUUAGCCAAAGGAAGUGUGGUGACCCUGGAGAUGACCUUCAGUGAAGCUCAGUUUGUUGUUAAUGGUCCUUUUCCUCCAAAAAUCCGAUGAAUCAUUUUAUUUUUCCAUUUAUUCAUCUGCUCUCUGCUCACUCACGCCUUUUUUUUCUUUUGUUCGUCUCUCUCACUUUUUCCUUUCUGCACCGACCAGCUGCUGCACCCCGCUGCUCUCCCCUCCUCUCUGACAGCUCCCUCUCAUUGGCAGGACCUGCCUCGCUCUCCGGUGGCCCCGCCCCUGGACUCCUGCUUCCUGAGACCGGCCCGCCCGGCCAACCGCCGCCCACCCUCGCGCUGGGCCGCCCGCUCCCCCUCCCCUUCCCCGAAGUGGAGCGAGGGCACGAAGAGGAGGUUCACCUUCCCGCCGCCGGGGCACCGCAAGACCAUCCUGGAGAGCGAGGAGCCGGCGUGAGUCCUACCCGCUACCUCCUCUCACGCUGCUCCACCUCAGCCUAAAAGACCCAGUACCUCAGAAACCCCUCCUGCAACACAAAUCCAGAGACUCCAAAGAGGCGGAGCCUGAAGCAGGGGUUUCAUGUACCCACCUAGUAGCACCAGCUGACCAUCGAGGAACCAGAAGAACCUGGAAUGUACUGUAACAUCAUCGAAAAAGACCUAAAACUUCAUUCUCAUAAGAGGUGCCUGCACACACUUGAGUUCAUCAUCAUCAUCAUCAUCAGCCCACGUGUGUAUAUAUGUAUUUAUUACAUAUAUGUAUAUUUUAGUCGCAUUUAUGAACCUUUUUCAGCUGUUGGAUUUUUAUGAAGUUUACACCAUUUGUUUACACUUUCUUUUCUACAUUUACGAUCUUUUACGUUGUCCUGCUUCUAUUCAUGUUUUUAUUUCUCAAUCAGAGCAAACCUUUAUUUUUAUUUUUUCGUUGCCAGCAUUUAAAGCUUGCCUUUAUUUUUUUUUGUUCGGUCACAAAGAGAGGAAAAACAACACAAGCGAACAAACAAACAAACAAAAAAACGACCUCUGCUUCUUUGGGUCUGAAGCGGAGACACAUGAUGUCAUUUCUGAUGCUAAUGUCCUUUAUUUAUUUUUACGUUGGGAUGAAUGUCCGACUCUGUGAACAUGUAGAAGAAGGGUGACGACAAACUGAAUAACCUUAUGCAUAUUUGGAAGGCAGUUGUACAAAUAUGAGUGAAAUAUUUGCAUGCCUUUUGAACACUAGCACUUUAGUGCAUGUACAUACGAGCUCUAGUCUUUUGUGAUCACUCGGCUCUGCUGUGGGGGGAAAAAAAACGUCGUGAUGGGAACUCUUGAGCUGUCGUUUUUUUCUUUUUUUGUUGUUGUCACAUGAUUUGCAUCGACUUAAAUAUGAGGACUUUUUAAGUAAAUUAUUGUACCUACUGGGCUGUCUUUGUACAGUUGUUACUAUUGGAUAUGAAUAACUUUUUUUCUUUUGACAGGAAAAAAGGGAUUGUGGGAAAAAAAUAUGAAUGUUUCAAAUGAAGUCUAUGUCAAAAAGUCUAAAGAUCCAUAGUCUUAUGUAAAUAGUAAAUGGUAAUAAACAUGAAUGUGUAUUUACAAGA